UCGAAACAUGAUAACAGAAAAGCCUUCCUCUGCUCCGCGCUGUCGGGCUGUCCUCAACCCCGAUCACUUGAAACUCAAAUAAGCAGGCGUGAAGAAAAAAAGCCAGAGGAUCGCACAGUGUCCUAUCAGCGGGGAAUAACACGAGACCUUUCUACCAUCACACUCACAUACACACGCACACACACUACACACACACCCUUUCAUAUGCUCUUUGCGCAUCGCGGAUCUCUCAAAGUGCUCGUGUUGAACUACAGUGAAAGUUAACAUGUAUAUGCACGCUUUGAUCCGCGCCAGUUUUGGAUUUGUAGGUUUCUGCUUGGUCGCCUUUGUCCAACAGUCUGCUUCAGGAAGUAAGACCACUCAAGGUAAGUUUUUCACAUCUUAAAAAUGUGUUUUCAUUUGGCUCUAAAUGAGCUGAUCUCUCCACGCUGCUUUGUGCCUAAUUGAUAGAUUGAUUUGAUGCUUUUUUUGAAAGUUGUUCAUAGUGGUACUUCUCAAAAUUGAAACCAGUUGUGUAAACAUAUGACACUUUAGCCAAAAUCAGGAGUACUUUGACAUUUAAAAGAGUGAGAAAAGUGAAGUUUUUGCAGCCUUGUUUCCAUUUUUUCUUAUUUUGCAUUGUUGUAUCUGAACUGUCAGUGUGCUGAUUCUGCUCUGCCUGCUUCUGCUAAAUCAGAAGAGAGAUGAAACAUAAUGAGGCUUAAAUUAAGUUUCACUGAGAGUUGUCUGUCAUCAGUAAAAAAACACUUGUCUUUGAUCUACAAGCAGCAGUGUGAACAGUUAUGUUUCAUAGCCGAUCCUGCAGGUACUUGUAGUGAGACUACCAGGAGGCAUUUGUCACAGUCCAGACAAGUAUUUGACACCAGCCUGUAACACACACGCACACAUACACACACACGGAGGGAGUCUCAGUCUGUCAGACACUGCAGCUACAGUGCCGUCCUGCCCAGCUGGCCGCCCUCUUGCUCUCUUGUCGUGUGAGGAAUGAUUCCUAGCAGACAGGGGCGGCCUGAAUCAGGAACUCUUGGCACCUUGCAGGAGCGAGCAAGACCCAGUGGUGUGUUAAACACUCUGAUUUCUGAUCCGCUCAGCCGUCCCCUGCAGGUUUCCAUCACUUAAUUUUCCCACAAUACAAAAACCCGAGCUGGAGCUGCCAGAAGUAUUUGCAUGCAAAGACACAUCAUGGGCUUGUGUGCGAGUGUUGAUUGUGGUCGGUGAUGUUUCGUGCACACAAAAAGACAUCUCUCGGGCGGUCGAGGAGGCAAAAAGAGAAAGGGGGUGGGUGACUAUUUUGCAUCCUGGGUGGUCUGCCCCCACUUGUGGGAAAACUCAAUAUUUACAUUUUGCAAUUAGAACUACUUUUUUCUCACUUUAUUUUCCACAACAUCGAUUACACACUUCCUUGUAGUGUGGAAUGCGUCCGUAUGAGAGUGGGUCUGUAAUGGCAUGCACCUGUUUGCCGGUCACCAAGUGAAAGGCAGUGGACGACCACUUGAUCAAGCACUUCUCCUACUUCAGAUCUCGGUAUCAGCAGCUUUGUAGUCACGUUAUAUCUGUUUGGUAGUCGAGUUAUUUCUGAGCAUAACUCUUUAAUUGUAUUUGAUGUUUGUGGCAACUGUGUGGGAUUGGCAUCUCUGCUGAGAAAGACUAAAAAACUACAGAGGCGGAUGAAAAGUGACUUUUAAAACGAGCUAAAAUUUGUCAGCUCAAUAUUUAUUCAACACAGAUGUUGCCGACAAGAGCCUCCGUCUUUCAUCAGUGUCAGACUAAUCAUGGCACCGUGUUUCAGGCAUCAGUCAUUACUUGGGAAGAAAAUAAGCAAAGCGAAAGAGGAGUGGAAUGAGGGAGGGAAGAUUCAGGGAUGUGGUGGAGAGAAUGACAAAGAAGGGAAAAAUGAGACAGGGGAAGCAGGAGAGAUUAAGAGUGCAAGGACAGACAGACAGGGAGAGAAGGAGAGAAAGAGAGGAGGUUUUGUUGGUGAGCGAGCAGCAACAAGCGAGGGAAAAGGGAGAAGGAGAGGAAAGAGGGGAGCCACAGACGUCAUGGCAAAUCACUUUUCCCUCGAAACAGAGUCAGGAGCUCUUCGUUAAUGCAGCGGCACCAAGGCAACGGUUGGUGUGGGGCUGACAUGCUGCCGUGGCUGGCUGUGUUGGUGUAACCUCUGCUCCUGGAGCCUGGGGGUCUAAAGACGCAGGGCUGCCCGAGCAGGGGAGGCAGGCCAGAUACAGGCCCCUGGACACAGUGUGGGAACCGAGCGGCCUUGGCAAUAUGAGGCCCAAGUGACGGGGAGGCUUUUACCUAGAGAUGCUGCAUGCUUAGAGAGUCUUAAGAUGGAAAGGAAGAAGAGCCCCCCUCCCACCACCACCACCACCCCCAACACUCACUCACUCAACCCCUUUCCUUUUUCUUUUUCUUGCUUUGUUUGCUUUGUCUUGCUUCCUUUCCUUUGCGCUUAAUGAAGUAGCCAGGCUGUUUCUCUGUCAGCCAUAAGCAACGACUGCAUGGCACCCAGCAUGUCAGGAAAAGCCUCGCUGUCUGUCCACGAGUGCUAUUUUUAUAUUUUGCAACAAAAAAAGAUCUGCACAGCCUUCUGCAUUGUCCCUGGUCCUGUCCAGCUUACUUCUGUUACUCCGUAAACCAGGUUGGAUGUGUUGCAGGUGUGUUGGCAUUGCAAAGUGUCAGUAUGUGUGCGUACAUGUAAUUGGGAAAGAGGGCCUGGGUUGUGUCUGCGGUAAUUUGGACAGUGCUUUGAAACUGUAUGUGAAGCCACAUAAAAGAAGUGUGUAAAUGGGGCUUUUAUUGCUGCCUAUCCCUUUGGCCUUGAACUUCCCCCAACGUUUAGCAGAAAGAAGGAGGCAGGCGAAAUAAAAGACAGACUGUCAGAGAUGGUCAUCUCACCAGAACGUUUAGACUCCAUUUCAGCCUUCAUUUUCACGCUCUCUCUUUUAGGCUGGUUUCUGCGUUACCCCUGAGUCCUGAAAAACUCCUGCAGUAAUAUUUGUUGAGCUGUUACACUUAUUCCCUUAGAGACUAGAUGUGCCUUUUUAAACAAGCAGACACACAAGUCCCCAUUUGCCUGCCAAGGUACUGGAGCGCAAUAUUCUGCAAAGUAAUUUUUAACAGCGGGCGAAUGGAAGAUGUAUUCAGGUCAGCCAGGAAGAAAGACUUCCAAUGUCCUCCUCGGUGUGCUCUGUGACUUUGAGGAGUUGGGACACCGCAGAGUAGAUCACCUAUUGACUUUAAGUGACAAGUCAACUUUAAAAUUACCCCUGUGUGGUUCUGUUGCCAACUUACAGCCAGGCGCACAAGUUCCUACCUCCUGUCUAACUCCACAGAUAUGUUAUCCUCCCUUAUCUCAGACAUCCACUCCUCACUACAAGAGUGAAAGAUUGUGAAACACCAAUUACUUUAAGGAAUUUUCAAGAUAAUGGCUAUGCGGUCUUGUAUGAUCUCACGAUCUUAUGGGGAAGCAGAUGUAAACAUAACAGACACUAACUAGAACCUUCUGUAGUGGUGCCUUGCAGUGUGAAAAAAUGGGAAGGAGGUGAAAUAUUUGGGUAAGACAUAGGUCAACAUGUACGGUGCAGCAGAAUAUCUUCCUGAAAAUGCCUUUAUUUCUAUCUUAACUUGUGGAAACCACUAUUAUUUUUAUUGUCAAUCAAUCUUUAUUCAUAUCACGUCAAUUCACAACAAAUGUUCUUCAAAGACACUUUUCAAAAGAGCUGGUCUAGACCAUAUUUUUUUCAGAUUACAUUUACAAAGGCCUGGCAUCAAGAUGAAAUAAAAUAGUCCUAUCUACUCUUAUCUUUAUCUAACAUGAUUGUGAAACUUUGCAGCAUUUAGCAAAGAAAAAAACAUCUUUUUAACAGGCAGAAACCUUGAGCAGAACCAGACUCAUGUUACACAGUCAUCUGCCGCUACUGGAGCAAGUAGCCGAUCUACCACAUAUUGGCGAUAAACCUUGUUCUGGUUCUGAUCCCAAAAAAUAAAGGUAUAUUAUUAACUGGUGGGUCUGAUAUCUGUCAAUAGUCACACGCUAGCAGAUGUUAGCCUUGGAAGCUUGAAUAGUUAUCACUCCGUUUUGCUACCACUUAGCACCUCCUACGAUGACCCCGCUCCAUACAACUUAGAUUAUCCUUCAACAGAUAAGACAUUAGUGAAAGUGUGAAAUCAACAUUUCCAUAAUGAUAGUUCUUAGACAGUUUAUAUCCAAGUGUUUAUUUUUCUGUAAAGUUCAGUUUUGUUAGUUACUUGAUGCUGUAAAAAAGUGUGUAGCAGCAUGUAGCUCUGUUGCCAAAAUGCAGCCUCUGUUGCCACUUUGCACCUUAUUCACAUUGUGGAGGAUGAAUGGCAAGAGAAAAUGUAACCAAUACUGACAAGAGUGAUUCCCAUGACCAUGAGCGCCUGCUUCAGAUCUAGUCAGGAAUCUGUUACGCUGUUGACCGCGAUGACCUGAGGGACCUUUGCUGCUCCAGCGGUCAUUAGUUCGCGAAAGAGAAGAGAUAUCAAUACUUUGAGUCCACAAACUAGUUUUUAUUGUGUAGAUGUUUUACUCAACAUGCCAUUACCUGCUAUACUGUAUAUGUCAGCACCCGUUGCAAGGGGUAUUGUGGCUCCAUCUGUUUAAGAGGAGAAGGUCAAGACAGGACAUCCAUCUUAUUUAUGGUCGGUGCACCAACUUGAAAAACUCCAAACAUAUAGCACUUGGCCAGAAUUCCAACCUUAAUUACAAACAUAGUUGAUAUUUUCAGGGCUUCCUAGUGAGUCUGUGAGCUGUGUGGAAAGUUAAUCACCAGAUUUGUAAAGCCCUCACGUUACCAGAAAAUGUAGGACAAAAAACAAUAUCAACCAAGUACCCAUACAGAUUCCUCCUCCAACGGUGGAGAGGGUUGAAUCUGCUAUAAAUCAGCCGAAACACCAGUAGUCUGAGCCAGACCUCGGCCCAAUUAAAGCAGAUAAGCUCCCUUAACCUUUGUAUGCCUUUUCCUGAACCAGGAGCACUCUGUACUGAUGAAAACAGCCAAGCUCGUCUCGGUCUGUCUUCUGCUUCUGCAGCAGGCAUACAGUGUCAGACAGUUGCGUUCUCGUUAUGAUCAGAGAGCACGAGGCGGGUUGAGCCUCAGGGUAGCCCUCGGUCACUGGCUGAGGAGUGGGUGGAGGGGAUCAAUCCGGCGUUCACUUUAGCUCUCAGCAGACACUCUGAGAAAGCAUCUGUCUGACUAGUGGUGCUGUGUUACUACUGUACAUGCUGUUACAGAGCAGCAGAGAGAGCACAGAGAUUAUUAUUAUGGCAUGACUUGAGUGUGGGAAACACUUGAUAACAAUUGUGUCUGUCAGCAGUGUCGUGUGAUAUGUGAAAAAGGCUUUAAUCUGCGGGUGAGAUGCAAGGACUAGUUACUGCGUCUGAAUAGACGGAGCGAUUUUUCACUGGAUAUUAAUGAGAGCACUCGGCAGACAGAAGUACUCUCACUCUCCAAAAUACGGCUCCAUCAAAGUCGGGGGAUCCUAUAAACCAUUCAGGUUUAUUAAGCCAGCUUUAUUUCCCAUUCAGUCUGGUGAAAGCUGCGGUUUGGUGCAAACAUACUAGUAUCAUUAGAAAAUACAUACAGGCGCAUGCAAAGUCAAAGUUGUCAGGCUUAAGCUGUGAUUGAAGGCAGGUUGGUGGGCCUUCAUUCUGGACAGGCACACACAUCUUCAUCCUGGUCAAACCGGGACAGUUCCUGCAAGAUUGGCUGCUGCUUAAAAAAACGACUGUCAGCAGUUGUUGAUUUUGCAUAGCACAGUGAGUCACAGUGGGUCAGAAAGCCGGCCCCCCUUUAAAUUGUUACAAAAUACACCGAACAGUGCCUCUCCAGCUCACUAAUAAACACAUUAUAUUUGGUUUGUUUAAUGCUGGAUGACCUCCCGGAGACUCUGCUGGUUGCUUGGCAACUGCUCAGAGGUAAGAAAUUGUCGUGACAUGUAAACCUCCCCUAAAAUUUGGGUAUUUUUGGUGCAGAAUAAACAAAUAAGUUAAGAGGUACUGUUGGGUGGACUUUGUAACUUAGAGAGAUGAAGGUAACCCAUUUCCUUCUUUUGUCAAUCUUGAUGCUAAGCUGCCAGAUGUCACUUCCAUACCUCAGGAACUGAUUGUAAAGUGGUGUACAAUUAUCAAACAGAACAGUCAAACAUAUUUUUAGAAAUGUUGAACUUUUCCUCAAAAUUGCUCGUCCUAGUGUGCAUGAAACUUUGCAAUCAUAUCUGUAUAACAACUUCCUAUGCGUUUACUGAAACUUAUUCUGUUCUGCACAAUUUGUAUGCACUUCCACUGUUAGGUCACAGCAAAACAAAACCCCAACCCGUGGACUCUGCAGAUUCCCUGUCGCUCCCCAGGGGACCAGCUGUUUAGAUCCUUCUGCCAUGGUACCUUUCCCCCCUUCCUCCAGCAGAAAAUCCCUUUAUCAGCAGCUACCGAGACCCUUGUGACCGCAAUUUGUCACCUCAUUUAGAAUGGUUGCAGGGCUGACAAACUGUACAUUUUUUUGUGCUAAAGAAGUGAAAAAAAAAAGAAACAUAGUUUUAAAUUGCCCAAACUUUUCUGAGAGCACCAGCACUACUGUUUUGUAUGCAGCAUGGGUGUAAACUCCAACCCUCACCCUUGGAGGUAAGGAGUGCAGAGCUUGUUUGGAGCCUGUUUAUUUCUCAGGGCUUUAAUCUGAACAGUGUGUUCCAAAUGAGGCCUGUGAUACUUCUUUCAACCGAGGCAUUGAGGUGAAAAUUGGAAAUUUCUCCUGUGCUCCCAUCUCUGUCCCCCUCACCCUAUCAGUGGCCUUUGUUCUUCACAGAUGCAGCACAGUGCUGACAAUAUCUUUGUUGAUUUCUUGGGGGAUGGAGUCAGUGUCGACGGCACUCUGACCCCCCCUCAGACUUAAACUCACCUCCAGAGCCCCCUUCACAUGCACUGAUGGCUUGCUGGGGAACUUCAGUGCCGUCCCUCAGCCAGCUGCAGCGGCUCUUAGAUCAUUAAUCCUCUAAACCCCCCCCCACCACAGAGCCUGCAUUUGUUUUCUCUGCUUCAUUACUCAAUGAUCAGGGAUACUGUGACUCAGGAGAAGAUCUCAGAGGGACUGUCAUCUCGGUCUCUGUACUCUGAAACACACUAAACCAUCCUUCCUCCUCUUUGGCCCUGUUCCCCACUCCCUCCUGUGACCUCUUGAGCGAAUAAUGGGGCUGCGUUUUUUUUUUUUUUUUUUUUGGGAGUGAGUUUUUUUGGGGAGGUCAGUGAGGGACGUCAUUAGGCUGGUCUGCGGUGGUCAGCGUUGUCAGAGGGGGGUUGGGGGUCAGAGAGAGCCUUGUUUACAGACUGUGUGUGUUUACAUUCCUGAUGGUGAGCGCCAGCUUUAGAGACUGCUGGAAGUGAAAGGAAAUGCUCUUAUUCUGCUUAGUAAUGGAAAAAUCCAACCCAAUACAUCAAGGAGUCUAGAUGAAAAAAGCCAAGUUAUUUAUUUGGUGGGUUCUGGCCAGUGCAUUCUGGGUAGAAAGAGAGAUGACUUCACGGGUGAAUUUGAGACUUCCUCAAUGGACAGAGGCAUGGGAAAAACCAAAGGACCGUCUGCAGUAUUUAAUCACCCCCAGUGAACUCCAUAUACAGUGUAUAUUUACCGCUGACUCUAAUAGCCUACAGAGCUGAUAAUGACAAGCGCUGGUUGUGCUCUCUUGUUUUACACCAUUACAUCAUGAAUCAUACAGACAGGGCUAAUGAUUAUUGGUCUCAAUCGAUCAAUGUUCUAAUUAUAACCUGAAAUUUUGAUUUUAAUUGAUUAAAAAUAUUCUCACAUAGCAAGAAGCCAUUACAUGUUCCCAGUAACCUUUGGUUUAUCCCGACAUGUGGUUCUUUUUUGGACUCACAGGUUCAAUCUAAAGAUAAGACAAGACAAGAUAAGAAGAACUUUAUUAAUCCCUGAAGGGAAAUUCAAUUGCCUGUCGUCUCAUUUGUCAUGUCUCUAAAAGUCUACCAUUUACACAAGAGUUAUGAAGUCUGAUGGCUCCUGGUACAAAAGAUCUUCUGAAUCUUUCUGUCCUGCAGUGAAGAGAGAGGAGCCGUCCACCACCAUUGGCCCUUUGGUCCAUGAAGGUGUUGUGAAGUGGGUGAUCCAUGUUCUUGAGAAUAGUGGUAGUAGUGUUUGGUUUGUGUAGUGUUUGGUUUGCAAUAAUACGUUGAAGUGAAUGACAGCGGGAAGUAUGAAAUAUUACUAUUUGAGUGUUAAAAGACAUUUAUCUGUCUAAACUCUAGAACAUGCACAGAAAGCUUAGUCCAGUUUCAGUCCGAUGGAUCUGUGUACAUUGGGGAAUCCUUGACCCCCUAACCUAGGUCUCUUAGUCUGACUAUGGGGAGCUUGAUUCACGGCGAUUUCAGUCGGAUUUCUAAAAGUCUUGUUUCAGUUGGAGAAAUGAAUUUUUUUUAACAGAUUUGCUAAUAUUGACACCUUGUGCUCCGCCCAUUGUGGGACUGGAAGUUGUAAGACUGUUUUGAUUGGUUGACGUGUUGGAAUUGCAGAACCAAGGCAUGCUCAUGAGCGAACUGCAGAGCCCUAGGACUGAUGUCCUGCACACUCUUGACCAUUUGUAGCAUCUAUUCUAAAAUACAGUCUUUGCUCUCUUUCUGAUGAGUUAACUGCUGACAGGAAUGACCUGCACAAACUUUCGAUGGAGAAUUUCAUUGUUGGUCUGAAAUUUCGCAAAAGCUCAGAUUUUGUUCCUAAAAAUACAGGUAAAUUAGGUGCAUGUUCAUUAUUGUUAAUUUUUCCAAUUAACUUUUUACUAAUAAGGUUAUCUAGAUGGGAAAAUGGCUUUUUAUAUUUAAUAGCAUCCACAAAAUGACAAGCACGUCUUUUUAAAUGAACAGACAAUUACAUCCUUUGCUUCAGCUCAGUGCUCUUUAGUCAGUGGGUGUCUGUCGAUAAAAAGAAAGUGUGCUCGAGCUUUUAAACUUUCUUUUUGAAUAAAAAAAUGUCAUCACUGUUGUACUUUCAUAAUUAUACAAGCAUUUUUAGAUUUUCCAGACAUGACAUGGUGCUGCGCAGAUUAAUUACAGGGUCCGCUUUGAAUUUAGUCUGUAAUUCAAGUGAUCACACAACUAAGUUUUGGGGGGAAAAUAUGCUGCAGGAUGGCUGACAGUUUAAAAUGUGCAUAAAGUAAAAAUGAAAGGCGGCGUCAACUGAGCAUUUACAGUAGCUUUCAGAAAUAACUAUCAUAAUUAUAGUGAUCAUAAUGACUUCUAACUAGUACUUAAGUAAUUAGUGGAUGGACGGAGAAUGAAAAGUCUUUCAAGCAAAAGUGCAGAACUUUAUUAAACAUUAAACUUUUUAUUUUAGAGUUUCUGACAAAGCUGUGAACCAAAUAUGUCAAUUUGGGCUUAAAAUAGAGAUUAUUUGUCAUUCUGUAUUAUAUGCUUACAAUUUAGUUAAUGAUAAUGAUUGAGAAGAUUCUAGAAAGAUAAAUCGACAGUGAAAAUAAUCAUAGGAUAGCUCCCUGUAUCCAAAAGCAUCUCGGUGUAAUACUCAUUGUUUCGUUUUAUCGCUGUUUUCUGUAGGAAUAUUUGAAUAAUUUUGGGGUUGCAUGCAUCCAAAGAACUUGAGCAUUUGUGAUUUUUUAGUGGUAAAUAUUCCAUAGGAAAUUUUUUGCCUCCAAAAAAAGCUCUUACAUUUUUUGUCUCUUUUCUGUAUGUGAAGGAAGAACAAGUUCCGAUCCUCGGUUUUCUCCCCUGUCGCCCCCUUAAGCAGUUUGAUUGAAAUACAGUAGAGGCGGUGAUGGAGAGCCCAUUAAGUACUUAAUGUGUCUGUAUAAGUGAGAUGUUUACAUGAAGUGAUUGUAGCAUUUAAAUGAAGCCUGUGUGCAGUCCCUUUCAGGCCUGCUGAGCUUCACAUUUCUGAGCCGUAGUACUUAAUGCAUGCUUCACAGCUUACACAGAGAACCAUUCACUUUAUACCUCCGUUUGACAGGAAACAACUAAAAAUAUCACACUUGUGCUGUAAUUGCUGCCUUGCCAUCUUUAUAGUUGGUACUGUAUCUGGUUAAAGCAGCCACCAAUGAAUGUAAUUGCUGUGUGCAGAGGGCAGAGUGUCAUGUCAGUUAGCUAUGGCUGUAUAAAUAUAAGGUAUACAGCGGGACUGAGUGCCACCCUUCCCGUGUUUAAAAUAUUCAACAUGAAGCCAAGAAGUCAUUAACAGUGGAGGACACUUGCCAAGAAGGCUGAAAAAUCCCUUUAAAGGUUCAAAUGAACUUCCUGUCACUCUGGCUCCUAAUAGGAAAUGGUUACAUGUAAUGCCCAAUUAUUCAGUGUGGUAUGUAUUAGACAUCCAACACUAAAGACUGUGUCAUGUCACCGUCUCUCUGCACUCACUUAGUAUUGCUCCAUGAUUCACUUAAUUACUGUAAUAAGUGUUUUUCUACAGGAGGUGGUCUGGAGGUCUGUGAGUCAGAGUCUGUUAAGGCCACACAUGCUAAAAGGAAAGCGCAGCACCAGAUGCUCGCUCUAUGAUCCAAAUCACAGAGAAUGUCCAUCAUUUAUUCAGCGACGGAGAGAUGUUUUAUAAAUGACACAAGGUGAGGUCAUGUGAUCUUCACCCUGCAGCCUCCAGGCUUGCCGCUGUGUGUUAUGUUGAAAAAUCACUUGAAAAAACAGCCACAAAAGAAUUCAUGGACUGAAGACGGAGACACAAAGAUCAUGUGUGUUUAGGCUUGAGUUGGUGGACUUUUGUUGAAGAAGACAUACCAGAUACGCUCGCAUUAGACGCCAGUGGUUAUGCAACCUGGAAUUAGACUGCUGUCAAGUAAAAAUUUAGACUCUUGAAGAAGCUAAGCAAGUUUUUGAAGCUUUAAUAAUAUGUUCAGUAGUUCAGGAUCACAUUUUCCCCUCUUUGCUUCUUUUUCCCCUUUUUGUUCUCCUGGAAAUUAAAAAGAUGCAAAACACACAGAGUGAUGUUAGAUCCUAACACUUAAUUAAUCCCAGAGGGGAGUACCUCUCUUUGUUAUCGUGCCAAAUCUCUGAUUAAGGAAACUGUGAUAGUGUGCCAAGAAAUAACAAGGGCUUGAUGCUGGUUAUGAUAAGAUAAAAUGAUGAAUGAAUGAACAACCAAAAGAAAUUUAUAUAUUUAUAGACUGAACAUGAACAAGUAAAAUCCUCAACAUGAAUACAACAUGCAAGUUUUGAAAAAAGCAAAGCAAACUUUGGUUUUUUGUUGUCUUUUAGUAAUGAGACUUUGCUGUUCUUAUGACUCAGUAAAACAGAUUAUAUUUAAGCUUAUAAAUAAGUAAAACAACAUGAUUUAUUGCAGAAUAACCAGUUGCAGACCUGUUUCGUCAAUAAUUAGCCUUUGGGGGUAGAACUUCUAGAAAGUUUGGGCACUCAUAAGAAAGAUAAAGCAACAACAACAACAAAAUGUUGAAUUUACAUUUUACAUUUAAGUGACUGUUCAUAAAAUGGACAAUGUAUUUUCACUUUGACUUCUUGUGAGAUGUGAAACCACAUCUAAGCCUAUAGACUUAAAGGGAGAGUUUGCUUUGUUUGAAGUUUUAUGUUAGGAUCAUAUGAGGUGCUGGUUAAUAUUGGGCAGGUAGUGUUCAGUGUUUCACCUCCAAGCAAGGACGUAAUUUUUUUAAAAGCCUGUUUUGGUCCCCUGAACUUUUAACCAUCUGAAAACAAUGUUACUUUGCGCUAUAGCAAACCGAUACAAGGUUCGCUCAAGCCAAUAUAUGGUUUCCCUCCGUUUUGUACCGCCCACAAGGUCCUUGAUUGGCUCUGCCGCAGGGCUGCUUUUUGAGUGUGAUUGGCUAUCCCUGCUGUCAGUCAUUCCAUGGCCUAGUGUUUUGCAAGUUGCCCAUAAGAGUCAGUCCGUGAACAUCGCCAUUCGCCGAUGUAAGUUUACAGGAGGGCGGCGUUCAUUUUCCCUCUGUGACGUCACAUCCAUCAGAGGUUUCAUUUACAUCCCUGUAUCGGGUUUGUACUUCCAUCCACCCUCCUGCUGGCUGUAUUGUCUCCUCUGUUACUGUGUGUGCGAGAUGUGCUGUUUGCUAGGCUAUAUGUCUCAACAGUACUCAACAGUACUCAAGUCACUUGUUCCCCUCCAUCUUUGAAAUCAAAAUUUUGUCCAUGCCUCCAAGAAUAAUGCAAAAUUGAAUUGGCUUUUUAACAGCAAGGUUAAACUCUGAAAAUGUUUAUAUAGAGUGCACACUUAAACUGACAUUUGCGUUUAUGGUACACCACCAUUUUUUAAUAACUUUUCUCCACUCAGACUUGUUCAGUCUCAUCAGUAAACUUAUCUUGGCGUUUUAAACCAAGACACGGCAGAGCAGCGUGGUCGCUGCCCUUUAAUUGUUAUCUGACACAAGUAUAAGUGAAAGAGGGAUGAAUAUCUUCAGUGGUGUGCACUUGUUAACCUGAUGUUUCUCUCCUUCGACUCAGCCUGCAUGUUCUUGUUCAUUUUCUCUUGGCUCUCAGAUUAAUCUGAGGCUUCGUGGUCGGUGGACAUAAGCAGGGAGGGCCCCCGGGAGGGGUUUGAAGUUUUGAUCACAGUUUCUGAAAGCACAGGAUCAGUCAGUGGUCAUGAUUCCUAAACAUUUAGAGUGUGUGAAGGAUGAGUGUAAAUAUCCCAAAUGGAAGCAGUGGAUAUUUUUAUUCACAACUUUUUAGAGGCCUGCUGGACGGCCAACAGUGUAUCCCUUCAUUAGCUGAAGGGGAUCUUGGCAAGAGUUGGGAGAGAUGCUAAAUUUUGUGUUCAUGUUGACGUCUGCAUUUCAUCAAAACCUUUUUUGGGGAGCUUGGCUUGUCUGCUCUGCUGCUUUGGUGCACAUCCUGAAAAGUCACAUUUUUAUGGUGUGAUGCGACAGUGUCAGGACUAUGAGUUCCUGUCCUUUCAACAACCUUGCCCCCCAGCUUUUUUAUGCCACUAGAUUUAAGACACAAGUUACAUCAUUUUGUACCAUUUUACAGGUCUUUCAUAGAUGCCCUUAGAGUGCUUUUUAAACUGUGAUGCCUUAUAUAGGAAAUAUGGAAAGCUGUAGAUUGGUACAUUAUUAAUAUAGAUAUGCAGAGUUCCCUCAGCUCAGGUGGUUUUGGGGGGCAGGAUUUGGACACCCCAGGACCAGGAAAAAACAUGAUAAAACUAAUAUGAAUAUAGAUAGGUAUAGAUAUGAAUACAUAGAUUGAUAGAUAUAUAGAAAAAGACUCUUGAUGCCUCUCCUGUCGAAAAAAAUGUAACUAGUUCUAGUGUCCUAAAUGGCUAUUGCAAGUUCCCUUUAAUCUGUGUAAUACCAGUCUUUUCAGUUGUUUGUAGAGUCAGUUUUGAGAUGGCGAUGUGACAAAUAACAGAUCAAACCUUACUAAAAUGUGAGUUGUAUGUAGGAAGCAGCAAUCUUUUUUGGUUUCCAUUGUUAUAAUUAAAUUUCCACCCUAAAUUGCUGCAUGAACUAGAUCGCAGGAAAUUAAAUGUAAGUGCAAGAUGCUCAAAAUUUCCUGAGGAAGGACCCCCGAAUUGGGCAACAACAUUAUCACCCGAUGUCAGGAUCUGUCUUUUUCUCUAGUCUUCCUGCUGAUGACUCCCGUCUUGUUACCGGCAUCUGUUUUGAGAUUUUUUAAAGGUUAUUUUUGUUUUGUUUGCAUGCUCUGAAAAACUUUGGUUUGGGUUCUUUCACCUGCCGAGUUAUGUGAACCAUAAAACAAAAGCUCUUGGCCAUUUCCAGUUGUUUGUUUGCACAAGUAAAUUGCUAGGAGGCCUCUAUGCACAGUUCAACAGAGAAUCUUGAAUUGAUUUUACUUUCUCUAUUGCUUUCUCUCUAGGUUUCUUAGCCAAGUCACAGUCUGUAUUUGUCCAAUCUGAUACGAUGUUCAAGAUUACAGUCAAAUUUGAUAAUCCCAACGCAGAGAGAUGUAUGCUCAGUUUGGCAGUUGAGGCUAUUUCCAAGCUGAAAAGGAAAAUCAGCUGAAAUUUAGGCUUGAUGAGGCAUUUUUUUACAAGUUGGGCAAAUAAUUUCCUUCCCAUAAUUUCACAGAUCCCAGAUUAUUACCACAGCCCAUGCUGUUUGAGAGUUGACCAUCAUCAAAUGGGUCAUUGACAUCAGAAGAAUAAGACAGAACAAGUCUGUUUUCAUGCCGCACAGCCAAACACACUUGCUGUGCAUAAAGUAAUUAUCCUGACCUUAACCCCAUCCUGCUCAACCACAACCCCCUAAGUAUAGUGUAAGUGUGGUUCUAAGAUAGAUAAUUACAAUAGUCGCUGCUUUGUAAUUAUACAGAGUAUGACAUACGCUGUGAUCCCAUGAACACCUUUUUAUGGAAUUGAACCCAGCACCCUUCCUCUUCCGCUGCAAGGGACGGAAAUCAUCAGAAGUUUUUGUGAAGAGAAGUUUUGUCCGCGGUGUGCGACACCAUCUGCUCAAUUUUUGCACCAAAUCAUUCUGCCAGAAAUCUUCAUUUGAAUUCCUUUUUUGCUGAUUGAAUGCAUCACUUGGUCCAUAUUUUUUACGGGCUGCAGGCAGGGAGAGUAAAGCUAUGGGUGUCCCAGCUCUGCUCAGUCUAUUUCUGUCUCCAAAGGAAAGGUGAUGGGUUGGAGGGGGGGGCAGGUUUUGGGCAAAGCAAACAGUAAGGGUCUCAACACUGAAAGUAAACAUUACCCUAUGUUUGAACUACACACCUCCAGCCCCACAGUUCUCCCACACACCAGCGCUCUCCUCUCAGAGCAGUAUUCUGGCUAACACCCCUCAAGCUGGGCUCAACUAAAUACUCUGCUUAUCCCGAGACCUUCUAAUAAAUUAGAGAGGAAAAGCACCUCUGACAAGGUCUCACCUCCACAGCCAGAAACUCUGACUAACAUGUUCAGAAAACUUUGGAAUCGACUCACUAAUGACUUCUCAGGUUGUUUUUUUUAUUCUGUAGGUUGAGGCUGUUUUUUCUGGACUUUUUUUUAUACAUUAUAAACAAUUAUAUUAAAAAAAAGUCUGAAAAUUUUCAGGUCAGAGCUUACAUUUGUACCAAGAUGGGCGCUUGAGUCUCAAAAGUCUGUCAAAAUUCACUCAAUAAUGUGGCAGAGUUAAACCCCCGUCUGGGGGUACAUGGAGGCCAGCGGCGUGUUUACCAUGGGGUUAGAUCUUCCUCUUUCAACAAAGCCCUGUACAAACUCGAGAACUAAAGAGACCAGUUUCUGGAGGUCUGACAGUGAAACUUUUUCCAGUUCUUGUUUGACAUAAGAUUUCAACUGCUCAACAGUUUGGGGUCUGCUUUGUUGUACAUUUGGUUUCAUGAUCACCAAAUGCUCUCAGUGGUUUAUAAGCCGGCCCUGCAAGCAGGCCAGUUAAUCACUCGCUAGUCUGGACCUUUGCUGGUUAUUCUCGCAGAAUGCAGUUUGGCAUUGUCUUGCUGAAAUAUGCAUGGUCCAUCUUGAAAAGGCAUUGUCUGGUUGGCAUCAUACGUUGCUCCAAAACCUGUAUGUAUUAUUCAUCAUUAAUGGUGGCUUCCCAAAUUUGUAAACUACCCAUGCAGUGGACACUUACUGUCGAGUGAAUAUCAUUUAUUCACGUGUCCAGAUUCAUGUGACUUAAGCAAGUAGAUGAUUUUACUCAUGCUUGGUGUGAGCGCCCCAUAACUGUAUGCAUCCCUUACCAUCAUGAAAACUGGUUCUUGAACUGUGUCCCAGUUAACAAUCUGGAUGGUGCAUCCCCUCUUUACAACCAUAUUUCCAAAUAGAACAUCAAAUUUAGAUUUUGUAUUUAUUUAUUUUUGCAAUUUUUUAAUAUCUAACAUUGACAAGGUUCCCAAAUUCUUUGCAAAUUUAUGUUGAGGAACAUUAUUCCGAAAUUGUUGAACUCACACAGCCUCUCUUGAAUGCCCUUUUAUGUUUUGUCAUGUUACCAACCUGUUGCAAAUUAAUGUUAUUAGUUGGGAAAUGUUCCCCCAUGUCUUAUUUACAAGUGCAUUUAAAUGCAGUAGAUGAUGGUAUGAACUUUGCAUUACAUUCAGAACAAGUGCAGUUUAAAAGAAUGUUAAAGUGGAUGUAUGUAUUACUGUUUCAGAUUGCAAAAUAUCUCAUGAGAAGGAUAAAAGUCCAAGUAUUGCCACCAAUAAUCCCAUAAGUCACCUGAAAAGUCAUCAUGAUAAAGAUGUAUCAGAGAAAUACGAAGCAGCACUCUCUGCAGUGAGAAUUAGCACCAGAAAACGUCUUCUAGUUCUGCUUUGAGGACUGCAGAAGUUUACAAGAGAUAACACUGAGUCUUAAGCAAUUCCUCAGAUACUUCACAGACAUAUCCGUACCCGCCAUGUGAUCUCUCCACACUCUCACAGUCAAAUACACUACAAGUCGGUGAGAUAAGUCUCACAAGGAAAAACGGACCUCUGGUAUCAGUUUAGUGAGGAUACUUAUUUUGAUGGCCCAGUGGCUAGAUAAAGACUGAAAUAUAAAAAUGAUGUGACUGCAUGUGCAGAGGCAGAACUGUUCUUGGCUUUUUGUGGAUUAACAGAAGCGAUCUCAGAAGUACAGAGUGAUAAUAAAACCACCUUUGCCAUUCUUACCCUCAGCCAUAGACUAAACAAAACUCAGUGGGGUCAUUUGAGUCAUCUGCGUCUCUAAUUUUGCUAAACUCACAACUUGAAUAUCUUUGAAAUUAAUGAGUAAAAAAUUCUGCCCCAUGCAUAGUGUGUGUUUGGAUAGAUUUGGCUUUGUAUCGGACUCUGAGCAUGUUUAUUUUGAUAUAAAGUUGGGCUUUUUGAAUGGAUAUGUAUGCCUUAAGAGUAUGUCUCAAGUUUAAAAGAAAAGGCUACUCGGAGGAUCUUUUGGUUUGUGUCUGUUUUGGCACCCACUCUUUCUGAUUUCUCUCCGUACAUGUGUUGAUAGCUUUAUUUUUCAGAGUCUCUGCCGUGUAAAAAAGGCUGUUUUACCAAUAUGUAGUUCAUCUUCUUCUGACACCUACCCCUCAUGAAAGAGAACUAUACAAAGGUAAUCUCUCGGUGCUCUUGUGUGCUUUUAAGGGUUAUAAAAAGACGGGAUUUCUGUUUAAUAUUGGCACAAUAAAUCCUUAAAAUGUGUCCUUAUUGAGGAUACUCAUGCUGGAUCAAACUUAAACAACAGAUAUAUUAGUCGGGCUCUGUUCGACACGUGAAAAGUUGAAGGUCUUAUUGAGGUAAACUGGUUUUAGUAGAGAAGAAACAUUCGGAUCAUUGUUGUCUUUUUCAUCCAACAAAAUCAUCGAGUUCAAUAUUCUGGGAAUGUCAGCGGGUUUAAACACAGACUUAAACAAUUUGUGGCUUAAUGUGCUCGAGUCUAUUAACCAGAUGAGAGCUCUAACAGCAGCAGUAUUCGAAAUGACACAUCCGCCAGAGGAAACUGUUUAAACAUCUGAGCAUUGCCCAACAUCCCUUUCUUCUCUCGUUUUGCUGUUUUGACUUUGUUUAUCCAUCCUUGUCUAGAAGCGCCGGCUUCAUCCUCUGCUGCCUUGACUUGUUCCCAACAACUGUGAUUCCUCAACACAAAAGAAUGAAAGAAUCUCUCGAACGAAAAACAAAAAAAUCUUUCAUCAUGGGCAUGAGUCAAUUACCAGGGCAGCAUUACUGAACACGCUCAGCGUUCAGAGGAUCGUCCUCUGGAGUGAGCAGAAAGGAUGUAUUGAUUCUGACAUGUUUAUUUCCACGGUGGAGACAUGUCGGCUUUCCAACAACACCAGCACAUUCAUCGUUUGUUGUCCAUGUGUCUAUUGAGAGGCUGCGAGUAACUCUUAUGGGUGGAUUUUUUAAACAAUGCUCUGACAGACAGGGGCCAUUGUAGUUUGUGGGCCAGGAUUCCUUGAUUUGUUUUUAUUUCAUUUUGUGCAGCUUUUACCACAGGCAACGGGAAUGUGGGUGUGUUAUGUGUUUGUCAGGUUUUUAUCAUCACAAAUGACUUGUCUUAGCUCUUCUCAGAAUUUCCAGCUCUUGAAUAAAGGAUUUUUCAUUGUAGGCAAACAGCUUUCCCGGGCUGUGAAGUUGAUUUUCAUAUGCUAAUUCUCUGAAUUAAUGAACAGUUAGCUGCUGCCAACCUUUAUAGCUUGAUUUUUUUGGCACACUUUUACAAACUUACAUAAUGGUUCUGGUUUUUAUCAAGCCAGGAGGCUGUUUAGCCUUUUUCAGACCCCAAAAAUGCUUAGCAAGUUGCUCUCUUUCAUCAUUUUAAAUUCACUAGAUAUCAUAAAACGAUCUUGCAUAACAUUGAAAUACUUCCAGCCUGAUAUUUGCUUCCACUUUUUUUUUCACCUUAACAACAGCCUGAAGCAAUAACAGCCUUAAGGUCCUCUGGAUACAAAUUAAACUUAAUAUAAAACAGAGCUGUGCUGGAAAGUGAGAUGUAUAAUUGUCAGUUUUCUUGCACUACAUUUGCACCUGUAAGUUUUUUUUCCUUUCUCCAGCAGAGUGGGUUAAAACUAAACAAGCUCAUCUGAUGGCUUAAGCUGUCAAUCUUUGAUUCUUAAUUGCAGUUUGUGUCUUCAGGCGCUUUGAAAAAGAGUGUUUGUGUGUUUGCGUGUUUAAGUGGAAGAGUGAGACUCGACAACUUUGCAAGACAAAUUGAACUGAUGCUCCAGAUGGGAGCAUUAAUAACAAAACAAAAAGAGAGUUUCUUUGAGUUUCUGUCAUAAUGAAUAUUAAUGACUACAGAGGCUUGGCACCAAGAAACCUGACAAUGACACAGAUAUUUUGUUGUGAUUAAUGCCUCCUCUAUUGAAAAACACUUCCUCACACGGCAUCUCCUGCUUAAAGCCUGGGAGACAGUCUGCAGGGAGAAAAGACCCAGGCUGUGCUUCAUGAGAAAUCGCAUUAUUCACACAUAAUAUAAAUCAAUACAGAGCUGGGGGAGUGUUUGAGUCAGUAAACAGCUUUGUGGAAACUUAGCGUGAGACAAACUACUACUGUCUUACAAUAGGGACCUUCUUAUUGAAAAAAAAACCUUCAGGUACAGACAGGUCUUUAUAAUAUUGGUGGUAGCGAUAAAAACACCCAGUUGGGGAUCACUUUAUUCAGACAGCCUAUGGUUAACACAAUGGUUAGCAAAACUGAUGUUAGAUAUAUCAUGUAUGAUUCAUCUCCACCAACCAUGUGAAAACAUGACUCACACAUUUAAUAGUUAUUAGCGUGGGCAUCAUGGUAACAUGGCAGCUCUGGGGUUGGAAAAGUCGUGAUUGGUCCACCAUGAUGGUCUCUACUCAAGUACCUAAAAUCAAAUUUCAAUUGGUGUAACAGCUGUUGGGUUAUCAAUCUUUUUGAAACUGAGAUUUAGAGGACACAUGUUAACCAGAUUGCCUUUUUUUAAAAGAUAAUUUUUGGCCCUUUUUUCCCUUUUUUCUAAAAUUGAGUGACAGGAAAUCUGACUGCAUCCUCCGUUCAUGGGGCACCUGCUCUAAACCAGCCAAACCAGCAUUGCAUAUCUAUAAUGGAGUACCAGAAGAGAGAGCCUUAACCUGUACUUAGGGGGACUCUUUGUGGGAUUUGGUUCAUGUGGUAAACCUCCCAAAACCCUGUCAGAAUAAUAGUCAUCGUCCCCCAAGUUCCAGACCCGGUAGAGGUAGAUGUAAAUAACUUCAUACCUUUGUCGUGGGAGUAUGAGAUUUUUUUGUGUGUGUUACUGUUUCGGUGUUUCUGUCUUUAUUAGAUAAGUAACACUUUAGAGAGACAGGCUGGAGUCAAACCCAUGUCCUUAGUACUUUGGGCACACGCACACUCCCAGCAGCACCCUGUAAGGUUUAAUUUUGUGACUCACAUUUUCCACAGAGUUUUGUGAAUCCUGGGUCGUCACAGCCUUCCUUGCAGCAGCAAACUCCAUGUCCUCAAGGAGAAAAAGGCAGAUAUAGCCAAUAUGCUAAGCUCAUGGGUUUAGGUUGCAGGUCAUUUCCCAUCGGGAUCAGCCGGCUCCUGCAGAGGGGAUGGUGAUAAGAGUGGAUAUUGGGAGCUAUGUAAACCUUGUUAAGCUGCCCCUUCUCUGUGUGCUGGAGGGUAAUCCCGAACACCUGGAAUAGUUAACUGGGAUUUGAUGGGAUUUGGGGCUCCAUGAGGCAAACCUGAUCAUGCCUCUGGUUAAAUCCAUUUCCACUCUUAUCUUUUCACAUUAUCUCUCCGAUAAUUCAAAGUCAAACCAACACUUACAUAACAGCUGGAUGAUGUUAUCUCCAUUCUCCAUGGCUGUAAGAAUAAGUUCGCUAAUAUGGCCUCUCAUGAUUUGGUUGUAUUCAUUUUGGCGCCCCCUGUGUUCAAACAAAUACCUCAGGGAAGCGGCCUUUAAACAAAAAACCUCAUACUGUUUUGUUCUAAUAGUGAAAUGUUACUCACUGUGAGUAAUUGUGAUGGAAAAGUUAAAAACAGGGUGUUUCCUCAACCUGCUGCCAGUUAUUUGCUCUGACACAUACCCCUCCUACAGUGUUUUCAGGCAUUAAUAAUAACUACAGUGACAUUGUUGCUUUUGAAGGUCAUAAAGGGAUGUCAGCAUCAGUAUGUCAGUUAAAACUCCUUAUAGCGCCUUUAACAUGCCAAACCAUAGACUGUAUAAAGCAUGGACAGAGUUUGCCUCCUUGCUGGGUGAAGCCACUCCGCGAACAGCACCCUCUGAUGGUGGGCUGCAGUACAGGUCAUAAAUCCCGCCUUCGCCUUAUGGGACUGUGGACAAACUUUAGAAAUUUAUUACACAGAACAUAAAUUUCCCUCCCCCCUGCUUGUGAUGUUGACAUGUAGUUAUUGUAAGACUGGUUUGUGCCCAAGUCCUUUUUUUUCUGUACAGCUCCGUUUUGAAAAGUCAUUAGGGGGUUCAUGUUUUCUGCGAUUGACACCUGGUACAGCCUAUGGGUGUUCAGGGAUUGUGUAGCUCUCCCGGGGGGAUACGCUGUUUAAGCCGAGCGUCAUCACAGGGACUCUCGGCGACUGCGCGGCCGAAUGCGCGCAUCGCUACUGCGCAACUCUGGUUUCAAGGAAGUGGAGAAAAACCCGGAAUUACCAAGAGCUUUUUGGCUUCAAAUCCGUAUACAGGCGGAAGGCGGAACCAGGUUGUCCAUAGUAUAUACAGUCUAUGUGCCAAACCUUUAUGGUGAACAUGAUAAAAGCAUCAUAUCCCACAAACAUUUGUUGACAUUAGCAUGUAGCCCAAGCACCGCUGUCCUUCAGAGAGACACAAAAGUGGCUGCAGACUGUAAGUGAAACAUAAUUACUUAUGCAUUAUGCUUCUUUUUUGACCACGUGGUGAAAUAGUGGUGAUGAUUUGUGAAAACACGGUGGAUGUGGUGCAGAGUUGGCAGUUUAAGGAGCUCUAAGACGAACUUGUUCAUUUUCUUUAGCUGUUGCUUUGGGGUUUUUCUUCAGUGUUUUAUUUUUAAAUUCUUUUAUGCAAGUCCCUCUUUUCAACUUCAUUUUACAAAGAUAAAGUCAUGUCAGCACGCUCAAUAAUCAUUAUCAGUGGUAUCACAUAUGCUGAAUAUCUGUGCAUAUACUCUAACAAGAAAACCUGUAUUUUGUUUACAUGUGAUGUGUUCAUUAAGUAACCUCCUCCUCCUUGUUCCCUCUUUUCUAGAUGUGGACGAGUGUGCAGAGGCGCUCGACAACUGCAGCAUCGAUGCCAUCUGCCAGAACACCCUGAAGUCAUACAAAUGUAUCUGCAAGUCAGGCUAUAAAGGAGACGGCAAACAUUGUGAAGGUACAAGUCUAACCGGAUUAAUGCGCUCAUUUCCACCUGUGGUUGGAGGCACAAACUUCUGCUCCCCUCUGUUGGAGGAUUUUUACAGUAGAUUGAAGCAAAAGCCACAUUUCUCAUGUUGAUUUGACUUAUCUCUGUGAAUGUAAGCCCCCCCUGGGCCGCUGACAGGCUCGAUAAGAGCUUCUGUCUCACUCAACAUAACUCAUUAAUUCAAGACUCUCCUGGAGAGGGAGGAGAGACGAGGGAGAGAGCGUCGGGAAAGGGAAAGCCAGGUGCAGAGUGCUCCUUUGUGACGAGAUGAAAUGAAGCAGUAAAUUUCCUACACAUGUUGGUGGAGAAAAUUAAGAUAGCGGCUGAAAUGGCAGUCAGAGGGCCUGCCAAGCUGUCAGGGAUAUUUCCACAGCCAGAGGAAGGCCUCAUGGACUGUCAGACACAAGUCUGUUUUUCUAACCUUUUUUUUUCAGUGUGCCCAAAGCCUCCGGAUCAUUAUAUCCCACAAUUUUUAUUAGUAUUAUUACAAAACCAUAUUUCUCAAUGUCAGUUUUUUCCCUCACUGUUAUUAUUCUUUCAUUUAGUUGACCGAGUGUUUUUCAUGGCCUUCUGCCUGAGGGUCAUAAAAGUUUGCCUUAUUGAAUCUAUUGUAAAAUAUGUGCAAGGUCGGGUUUCCUUUCAACUCAGGGUUUGUUGAAGGCUUCUCAAGGCUGAAAUACUGAGGAAAUUCUGAAUUUAAAAGCAAUUUUCAUAAAACUUGAAGGAAACACGAAUGUUUCCAGUAAUUUGGGGGGGAGAUUUUAGGACAACACUGUCUGUCUUGAUGUUAAAUGUGACCUUGCCGAAAAACUUUAAAGUGCAGUUCUCCACCAUGCUGUCUGUUAAAAAACAGAGAGCAGCUGAAGCAUAAAGAGGAUUUUUACUUUCCAUUCUGGUUGGCUUUUUCUCAUUUACAUUUAAACGCCUCCCCUGCCCUGCCCUGUUUGUCUUAAUGAUUUAUGGUUGGGUUUUGAUUUUUAAGUAUUAGUGAUCUAAAGGCUUGAUUCAGUGUUUCCUUUGGGGAUAGAUUCAAUUUCCUUUUGAGUUGAACAAAAGCUCUUAUCUUUAGAGGAACCACUGAUGUAUCCUCCACUGCCAGAGUAGAUGCCAUAUUUUUUUUUUGAUGAAAUUUAGGUGACUGUUUUAACAUUAAAUCUAAUUUUUCUAUCCCCCCUGGGCUUACUGGCAAGUAAAAAAGUCUUCAUGGUGCUGUUUAAUGUGGACAAAAUCUCUUUUCCUUGUCGAAUCUUCAGGAUGUCUUCAAAGUUUCUGCUCUUUUAUUUUGUUUGGCGAUACUUUCAAAGUAAUUCAAGAUAGCCUCAAGAUUUAUACAUGCUAUUCAAGUGAACAGAAAAAUAUCAAGCCAACUUUCACUGAAAACACUCACACUAUUAAUGACAAACUUUGAGUGGAACAUUUCCAUAUAAACUAUGUUCUAACAAUCCCUUUUGGAGUAUGAAAACAGCAGCGGCGGCUCUAUUGGAGGAUCAGACUUUAAAUUCAAUCACUCAGACAACAAUCAUUCACGUACAAGAUUGGUACAUAAUUCAUACGAAUAGUUUAACCCCCUUGAGUGAGAACAUUGACCUUGACAGAGCAAAUCUUUAAUUUAUCAGUUGAGAUCGACGCACGCUGAAUUAAGUUUCUACUGUUGCUGUCAUACCAAUAAGUUUACAUUCAUCUGCCAGCUCUUGACAGCAGCAGCAUCUGAUUUAAACUAAUAAUGUUGAUCAUGGGGUACGUAUUAAACCAGCACAUCACACUUUAAUUCAGUCGUUAUUCGGUUAUGAAUCCUCCCCCUCAGUCAUUACAGAGAUCUUAGAGGCUGAUAUCAAAUGAGCGAGACCAUCUUUAUUAAAAUCGUAUGAUCAAAACAACUCAAAAGAGAUUUUCAUCGCAUGUCCUCGCAGUAAGGAGAUAAAUUAACCCAUAAACAUGAGAAAUAAACAUUUAUGUUUUAAUAGAGAUGAGAACCAGCUUAGCAGAGGGGUGUGAAAAGUGACAAAUACAGCUGAAUAGUGAAAAGGUGAUUGCGCCAAUUAGAAGGUUUAGAUCUCACCCUGAAGGGACUCUAGUAGGCGUAACAACCUGUUCGUCAUACAUUAUCCUGCUUGAUACAAGUUUAUGAACAAAAUACAGAAAUAAGUUGGCAUAAAAGGUCGAUUUAAAUAUGAUUACAGUGAUUUAAAAUGGUUCAUUUUCCAAUUUAAAAAGAAAAAAGUACCAUUGAUUCCCAGGUCAGCAAAGUUUCCAUAGCAACAGAUUACAAGUCUACGUGUGAGAUGGAUAACAAACUGUUGCAGCUAAUUUAAAACCUUCGCCUGCUUAUUUGUCAUAAUCCAAAUUAGACUGAACUUCAUGUUAAACAAGAAGAACAGAACUACAAAUUUUACUCACCAGCGACACUGAUGUUGCCUGGAUUGCAGGACAGAAUCUUGCACCAGUUUCCCUUCCAGAGAUGAUUGGAGUCCAGUCACUUUUCAGACUACUCUCAUAGUUUUACCCUGUAACGACACCAGCUAUCCAGACCAGCCUGAGACGGACGCAGAUGUUUUUUAUUUUAUUUUAUUUUGUACUAUUUUUAAUGCCGAUGGUAAAAUGCACUGACUGAUUUGAUUGGGUGUGUAUGUGAGAUCAGGCUGUUGCCAGUGUCACUUUUGCUAGAAUUAAAUGUUAUUAUGGUAUUUGCUAAUUAGAUUUAAGCUUUUAACACAGCCUGGUAAUGAGGGAGAAAAUUGGGUAAUAAUAAGUGUUCUUUAUGUUAGAAAUGUUUUAAAUGCAAAACAUGAAGCAGAAUCCAAAAUAAUCUCCAGAAACAUAUGAAGAGUUGAGAGUCAUAUGAACUGAUUUAAUCUCAAUUAAUUCCAAAUAUAAAGGUUAAAAGUGAUUAACUUUCCUUUUAUAACCUAUUAUUAUUUAAACAUUUAUUAUGCAAAAAUAUGAUUUUUUCCUAUUGCUCUUAACAUUUUUUCCUUGACAAAGGAAUUGUUAGAUUUUAGGAAUAACUAAACUGUUAGAAAGACAAAGUCAGAGAUUUAUUUAAACUUUUUCUUGUAUAACUCUUGAAAAAGGCUGAUUUAUAUUGUAUUUACCAAAUCUUACCAGGAAACCUCAACAGAAUCUCAAAAUUCAAUCUUUUACAGUGAAGUCUUAGUUAAAUUGUUGUUGUUCUUGUCUCAGAGACAUAAUAGAGAAAAAAAUCUUGAGAUUGGUUUACAGAGCUAUCACAAAAAUCAAACCACAACAAAAUCUAAGCAGCUGAAUGAAAACCAUUUGCGCUGGUUGUUUCAGGUUUUGAGAGGAGUAGAGCAGCGAUGUGUGAUUGUUUUGCCGCGAUCGAGGAAUGACAGAGAUGUGUGGGAAGAGGAGAGGCAGGGAGCAGGAGAGUGUUUCUUUGUUUCAGCCUCAUCCCUCUGCUGUCACAUCAUAUAAAGCCUGGAGUGAGACAGCUUCAGAGAGGAGCUGAACGGCUGGGAUCAUCUGUGCUUAAAUGGGCCAGUAAGUGCGGGUUUGAAGCGCGCCGAGUUCUCAGUCCACCUUCUGUAGGUCUCCUCAGCGCAGACCCCCAACCAUCAUCGUAACCACAACAGACAACUCCACUCAGGCUGUCACAGCCUCUCUUUGUCUUCCUGACUCUGCUCUCACAUUUAUGUGCCACGUAUCUUCAGUUUGAGCCCAAUUUAGAGUUUCUUUAAUGGACACUUCUCCCCACUUACAGAGUAUGAUCUUUUAUGAAGGUGCUUGGUAUGUAGAGAUUGCUUAUUGAUAGUAUACAUUCACAUUACUAUUAAAAUUCCCCUGAGCAACCUCACUUUUAUACUUUUUUUUAGCAGUGGAUGAAUGAACAGUUAUGCUCUUGAAAGUAUCCACAAGUAUCGACCCUGACUUCACUCUGUGGAUUGCAGCAUAAAGCUUUUAGUACCCCAAAAUGCUGUUUCAGAGGCUUUUACACCCUGCCAACAGUAAAAAUUCCACAGAGGAAAAGCAAUAUAUUGGCAUAAGAACAGGUCAAAUUAUAGGGUAUUAAAUAUAGCAUAAAACAUGGCUAUAAACAUCAGGAUUUGACAAGAAAACAAUAUCAGAGCGCCUCUGGCACACGCCCAAGUUACAUCAGGAGCAGGUGAGCUACCUUAUUGCCACAGCUGGUGUCUCAUCUCUCUUUAUCUCAUAAGUGCUGUUAUGAAAGUAGAGAUGGAACAAAACUGAUCAUUUUAAUUCUCUGUAUUGCACCAAAUGGCUCUGUUUCAUCACAGAUUGCAAAGGCAGAUGUGACAUGUCGAGAAAUGCUCUUAAUUUUUUCUUGUCUGAAGUUUAAGGAGAAGAUAAAGUUCUCAUUUCUUUUAAGGCCUGAUACCAACCAGCAUCUCGGGGUUUAUUAAUCGACAUGUUUUAUCUGGUUUAAGAAAGCUGAUAUUGUGUUUUACAAAACUUAUAAUAUCAGAGGUUCAUGUGUAACUUUCUCAAGUCUCAUCAUAACAUUGAAGUGAGUUUUAGCAACCAGGAAGUGAGACCGAAGGUAAGUUCUCAUGGUGUUUAAGUAUGGAGAACAAUACCAUUAACUUACUUAAACAGGUCUGUUUUUCAAGCCAUAAAGAAGCAAUGUCCUACUAAAGUGUCAUAUAAACUGAGUUCUUAUCACACUUGAUUAUUAAAUGUCCAAAAAGCUGAGAAACUCUGCACAGAUCUUCACAAACAGUAAAAAUUGAUCGUGCCCCAGGAUUAAUGGAAAAUAUAUAAAAAAUGUGUGAUACUCACAAUUGAUAGUUUCCUUCAUAUUCUGAUUUACAUUUUUUAUCUAUCAAAAUGAGUUUUAUUAACAUAGCUGAGAGGUUUUUAGUUAUCCAAGUCAUGUUUCAACUUUUAUCCAUCUUAACGAGCUUUACCAACCCCUCAGUUCAGAGCUGAAGAAGCCUUCUGGGUGAGCGAUUAGGUGUCUUUUUAGACCUCUUACCAAGUUAAGUUGCCUUUGGAGUUAAACUCAGAGAUGGGGAUUCACUAAAAAUCGACUAAAAAUGUUAGCACAAAAAAUAUAUCUGAUAUCUGUUCUGUUUUAAAUCCUCAAAGUGUAGCAGGCGUGUGAGAUUCAUACAGAAGACGCCCACACACUUUUGCAGCUCUGGGCGGAUGAGCUCUUAGUUUUUGCUGCACAGGGCUGCACUGUGCACACUCUUUCUUACAGGGCACGGAUCAAUCCACACAUAAAGGAUGAGCUGGACUGGAAGAUUCCCCCUAUACCAGUUUAUGUGACAGAUGUGAUAUAAAUGUCCCAGAGCAUCCUCACAAGAGUAGCUUGUUCAGAAAAAACCCCAAAACAAAACAUGAACAGAUUGUACCUAAAGGAUCCAGACCAUGAAAAAAGUGUGUUUGAUUCAUGUCAUGUUUGAUUCAUUGAUGGGCAUGGCCUGACCGCUAACAUUAACAGACUUCAUUUUUAUAGAUAUCCUAUUUUAGGUUCAUCUAGAGGUGUAAAUGUCGUCAGGAUCACUUCAAUUUCCCCACAUGUCCAUCUUUUGCUCCUAAACCCCAGAUGCUUCAGGUUUUUACCAACUUGACAUCCUUGUGUAUCAUUUCUCUUCAGAUGUCGAUGAGUGUGCAACCGAAUACAACGGCGGCUGUGUCCACGAGUGCAUCAACAUCCCGGGAAAUUACAGGUGCACAUGCUACGAUGGCUUCCGCUUGGCACAUGAUGGGCACAACUGUCUGGGUGAGUGUGUGAUGUUCCGAAGUGUGUGCGCACUUAUCACAGCGCGGGUAUGUUUUUAUGUGUCAAGUGGUUUUUCGUAAUGCUCUAUAUUUUCCACUGCUGACUCAAUUAUGCAGGAAAAACGUCAUUAUAUAAGGCACUUUUGUCAGGAGAACAUGUACAUUAAACUGCAUGCUUCUCGCUCCGGCUGACAUUACCCAUGUGGCUGCAUAAAUUCACCCCUCUGCAUGUUUAAUGUCACAUCAUAGAUGGUAAUGUAUGUUCCAGCGCUGAAUUAAGAUCGCUGCAUAACAUAUUAACUGUUGCCUCAUUUCUCAUAGCAGGUAGCCUCUAAAUGUGGUCUCACUGAGACAGAAACAGACUUUUUUUUUUAAAGAAGUGCAAAGAAAAAAGGGGUGAAUUUAUGAAGAGCUUGACCCUGAGCUGGGAGCUCUGAGUGAGCUGUCAGUCGACCAUACUUUCCCAGGGUUUAAUAUUUCACCAGUGUGCCAUUCAUAUUAACCUCGUGGAGAAUGUGUUACACUGAAAAGGUUAUGAAAUGAGGGGAAAAAACACAGCUCUUCCUGCAUUUAGAGGCAGCUAAACAUAGAUAUUGACCCCCCUCUAGCCUCCACCUUUUCCAUUCGUCUGUCUUUCUACUCCUUCCUCACAGACUCAUCCUGCCUUAUUUUUUUGGUUUUUAAACCCCUAAAUUCGGCUGCCUCUCUGAAGUCAUCUCUUGUUUAGAUUUUAAUCUCAUUACGCCGAAUUUCACGUUAUUGAGACUUGUUAAAGUCCCACUCCGAUCCUUUUUUUUUUUAACUACUUAAAGUGUUAUCAGUGGUCUUUAAAUUGUGAUUAUGAAGUUUUUACCAAAAAUCUUGUUACCUAUGUCGUUUUCAAGAGCUUUUCUCCUGCAGAGCUCCAGUAGCUCAUUCGCAAUUCGCCUCUGAGUCGUGGGUCAUCUUCACGUUAGCUUGUUAAACACCUUAGUAUGACUCCAAUCGGAGUUUGAGAAAUCCGAUUGGAGUCGGAGAACUCCGAUUUAGACACCCAGAUAAUGCGAUUGGAAUUCGAUUUUCUCUACCAUGCAACCAGCGUAGUCGGAGUAUGAUUGGACAAUGCAUGUGCGUGUGCGCCAUAACCCCGGAACAAAAACACCACAGAAGAGGAGUAGCAUGCACCUCAUCUACAGAAAAACUAGCAUGUACAUCAUGUACGACAAAAACAACACUGUACGAUGCUCCAUCUUCUUGCUCGAAAAAGCCCAGCAGCAGUUGUAGACACUUCUGGCGUCUGGCACGGACCUGCUGUUGUUGUUGACAGUUGUAUGGGGUCAACCAGAAACAGUGCCACUGAAAAGACCCAUAUCGCCCCCUAGUUCUGGGGAGGAGGACACAUUAUCAUCAAUAAUUUGACUUUCUCAGCUGCAUGUGGACAAGGAGAGAAGUCGGAUUCAGCAAAAAAAAAAAAAAAAACGAAUUAUGAGCUUAGUCCGAUUAAACUGUGCAUAUAAACGCACUGACUGUUUCUUUAGCAUCAGAAAAAUGCCAAAUGAGUUCUAGCUGCUGCAAGUCUAAUGUAGGUGAAAGUAACAGCAGAUUUUAACAUUCGCGUUAAGUGAUGACAGGGAAACUUAUCAGCACUUCACAGUGAUUCGCUAUAAAAGGGCUCUUACAUGCAGGUACACAAGGCAACACGUUUAUAUCAUUCCCGAAUUAUCUUGAUGAACAGGGAUUAGGGAACACUGGUAUGUAAAACAAAUCUUUAGAUUGAUAAUGAACCCGUUGAGACUUGAUGCCGCCUUCUCUAACUCCCGCUGUAUUUUUCCCUCUUCCUUGCCUUUCGCUCACUCAUGUGCUCCUAUCUACAGUUUAAAGUGCAGCUAUUUUCCAAGCCAUUUAGCAACAGCAUUCAGCUGUGCAUGGAUCAUUUGCUUUGCUGUGGAUCAACUCCUGCUCCUGCCUUUCGUGCAGGUGUGUAAUUGCAAUAUAUGCUUGUGUGGCUGCCGCUGUUGCGUCAAACAGAGCUGCAUCCAUCAAUCCCUUUGAUGUAAUCUCUCAUAGGGAAACACACACGAUCGAAAACACAGAGCGAUUCGAAGCUAUGUCUUCUUCUGCCAUGUUUUAUUCCACUGACCUGCAUUCAAACUUCUUCAGAUGCUCAAGAAUCUCGGCGUUAAGGCGUACCGGAUGGCAUAUAUGUGUAGCCGUCAAGCACAAAUCCAACUCUUGCCCUGAGACCUGAAAGGACUCACAAGACCUCUUUCUCUCAAGAACUUAACUCAUGCUAAUGCCCUCGCUCUGCUCUGCAAAGGAAAUAAUCCCCAACACAAACACAAGAAAGGAGAGGAAGAGCCGGAGCAGAGGUUUCAUGUUAAGGCCCCCAGCUUCCUCUUCCAGGUUUAAGCUCCUUUUUGGCCCCUGAGAAAAAGAUUAGUCCCCUUGGCCCUGGAGUGGGGAGCCUAAGCAGCUGGUUCCCAGACAAGGUCAGACCCUCAGAGCCCCCUUAUAGACCAGAUGUGCCUCAGGCUGUACAGAAGGAGACGUUCACCUGAUCCUUAAAAGUUCACACUGAGUUUAGCGUCUGGGAUCUUUGAGGUCCUUCUCUUUGGAUUUUCUUUAUGUUGUUCUUCUAUAGCGCUAUGAUGAUUUCGCCUUAUAUCCCUUCUUUUAAAGCAGCGUAAACCCCCCAGUUGUGUCCACACCUUCCUCUUUCCUGCUCCUCCGGGCUUUUCCUCAGCCUGUAGCCUCCGCUCUGUGUGACUGUCAGCUCAGGGACGAGGCGUUACGCCAGCGCGCACGUCUCUGUAGAUGUCUUCUUCUUGUGCUUGCAUCCGCACGUGCCGCACUGCUCCUUGUAAUUGGAUGUGUUGGCAGCAUAAUGACAUUGGGCGGUGGCAGGAGGCGGCGGAGCAUGAAGCAGAACGCUGCCUUAGCGUGCCUCACCGGGGACGCUCUGGUUUCUGAGGUCUGCCCUACACCCCACAAAGAUGUCAGGGAGUCAGCAAGGUGGAAGCAAUGCAAUAUCACAGCGCGCUGCUCCUGUCUGCACAGAGUGAGAUGCCACUCACUGUAUAAUUUACCUCUCAGGGAACUAUUGUACUCCCUCAAAAGUCACUGUGGAGAAGAAGCGGAGCAUAUAAGGAGUUGAUUACAUCUUUUAUAACAGCCGUGACUAUUAUCUCGCCGAGGUGAGGGAGGGAUUGUAUUUAAUCAGCGCACCUCCUUUAUGGUGAGGCUGUAAAGGAUUUUUAGAGUCUUAGGAAAAACAGAGGAAUCAAUGUCAAUUUAAUCCAAAACACACAUCCUCUUUAGAAUGAAAACCAGAUGCAGGAAUGGCUAUUAGUUCCCCACUGUAGCAGCACCGUCCCCACAUUUAUGACCUAUGUGUUUUGUUUGAGGUCCUACAGAAACCAGAAUUCCCUCUUAUCACUGCUAGUUCAUUAAACCCUUCUCAAGUAGCUUAAUAUCAUAAGCAUCUGCACAAAUAUUCCGCUCCUCUGCAACCACAAAUUACAACAUGCCAACGCUUUCGGGCACCGAGAGACACGAAUAAUCAUAUUUCUCUCGCGCCCAUAAAAUGGAAAUGGCAGAAUCGCAUGCGGCAUGAGUGUGACUCACAAGGAGAGGCAUAAAAAAAGACAACACACAUGUGGGACUAAGUGUCACCAUAAUGCAAUUUGUUUGACUUUGCAUUGUUCGCAGUUAUUCAUCAUGCUCGGCUCCGUCAGAGUUAGAGUGCUGAUUUUGGGGCUUCGCUCUCGCGGCUCAACAGGCCAUGUUCCUUUGAUUUGCAUCGAUCAACACUGAUUUGGUUUGUAUUGAUCCAGCGGGGCUCAAUUCCCUGUGCAAUCUAUAGUUAAAUGAAUGCCCUUUUACUUUAACCUUGCCCAAAGACGUAUCAUGAUCUGUAACAUACGAGCGCUGACGUUAAAGCUCUGUGCGAUUCAAGAACGGCUUCGAAGUAGCUGCUUAGAAAAACGGUCCCACCAGGUAAUCCUUUCGAGGGUUUUGCUAAUUCCUGGAGGUAUGUCGUGACAUUGUUUUUUACUUAUUCAACUGAGAUGUCCUACACACAAAUCUUCAUUAGUCAUCCAACACAAAGUCCCUUAGCUGGGGCCUGAGUCCCCCGCUCUUGUAAUCCUCUGGGAUCGUGCUGCAGGGUUUACUAAUCAAACAGGAGGCCUCAGACUGAUGUAUUAUUGACCGGGUCCUGAUGGGAGAAAGUAGUCAUCAAAGAGCGUCACGCUGAUUUGCUCCACAGCCUCUUCCGUGCUCCUAAAUACAUUCCUUUCAAGUCUAUUGCCUACUCUUAGAAGGUGGCGUUGAAAACCUCCACACCUUUUACCUUAGCUGCUUUAAACCUUAAAAUCCUGAAUACACAGGGUUGAUUUAAGGAAAUGAUGGUCUGAAAACCCGUCACAUCUAACCCUCUUUACUUCUCUUUCUUUCUGUUGAUGCAAAUGUCCCUCUGUCCCUCCCUGUCAGCCGUCACUUUGCUUUUGUUGUGACAUGCACGGAUUCGAGUUUGGACAGGAGAGUCUCUCCACAGUUCAGAGGAGCAGAGCCGGAGUGAUGAGUUAAGGGACGGAUUUGAGACUGGAGCAUUAGCCGGCUCCUGAGGACUAUAUCAACACUCUUCCUCGCACGCCUCUCUUAGGAUUGUUCGGUCCCACUCACCAUGAAAUGAACAGUUCCAGCUGAGCCCACUGGCAGGGCUUUAGGGGGAAACUCAAGCCUGAGAUUGGGCUUAAGGGUGAUAGCAUGCAGCAGACUGGGAGCCGGCAGACGUCAGUGCAGGCAGGGCCUCUUGUCUCUUUGGCAUGAGACUAUCCACCCCAAACACUUAUCCCGGGGUUUUGUUUUUAAAAUACUUCCAGACUUUUGAUAGACGAACCCAGAAUUACCAUUUUGCAUGACAAUACCUCAGUUUGCUAUUUAGGAAGGGACUCAGUAAGAGCCUACAUUUGGAGUCUAACUUUUUGCUUAUUUAUCAGGAUGGUUACCAAGGAGACGGACACAAAAGUUUAAAAAAAGUCCGACUUCAAUCAAAGCUGUGUUAGGCUUGUUUAUGUAGCGGCACAAAAAUCAAGCCUGGAUGCUGAUUUCCGAAUGACAGUAAACAGAUUUUAUUCAUGUUUGUGUAGCAGAUGUGACUCAGCUGUAUUAAACACAGUGAUUCAGGCAGACAGGAAGUGCUGGAACUAAUAAAGUGUUCAAAGCUGAAUACUGUAAGUGUUUUCAUCCAUUAAUUUUAAGUUUCCAAACGUCACACACACACACACACACACACUCCUUUGAUUUAAAGGAGGUUGCGUGCUCCGCAGAUGAAAGAUCAGGACUUCCUGCAACAUAUCAAUUUAUACAACCUCAGCUGAUGUGUCACACUGAGCCUGAAUGUUAGGUUUCAGCAAUCUUGUCUGUGCACUCAGCUGUCCUCUCAUGCUGAGUUCAAACCUGAUGCCUGGCUUUGUGUUCACUCGAGUGGGUGAGGAAAUAUGCUGUGUCAUUGAACUCAAUCAAAGGGAGAAAAGAAAAAUCGUACUCUCUGGAUCUUGAUUUUAUCAGCUGCCUGUAAAUGUGCAACUCCUUCAGCACUGAUGUCUGAUCAUUUAACCGAACAGGAUGGUCAGCUUCUGCAGCUGUUUUGCUGCCUGUCGCUGCACAUGGCUUCGAUUUGCUGCCUUAUUAAAGAGUGUGCGCCUCUUCUACUCCUGUAAAUGAAAUGCCCAAAGAGGCCAGUGUCAGUCCACUCACCUCCUUGUCUCUGGUCUGUCUAGACCACAGAGCCAGUCUUGUCUGAUCCAGACAGAGGCCAAGCAGUGGGAUGGAUGCAGGAACAGCUUUGACAGCAGCAGUUUUUCACUCCCUCCCCUGCUCCGGGUCAGUGAUAAAUACCCCCGAAGUUGCUGAACCUUUAAAAAAAAAAAAAAAAAAAAAAAAAGCAGAGCAAAAGAGUUGAGCAUUUCUCCAAAAUAAGAGUUCAGGAGUUUCUGUAAGGCAACCACCAUGUUUACACGUCUCUAAAGCUCUGCACAAGGCCAAAUGUUAUAUAUACAGUCAAGGCUAUCUGAGAAACCAGCGGACAUGGCCUCUGCAAACACAACCAAUCUCUUAAUCUCUCUUCGUUUGAACCGUCCUUCGCCCUGCGCCUCCCCGAGUGAAGCAGGGAUAGAGCAGGGACAUGUCUCAUUUUUUAGAAGUGAGGCAGCCCUUUUAACUUGAUUAAGACAUUUUUUUUCCAUAGUCUCUGGAGGAUUUUCUAAAAAGUGUUUUAAGUCUAAAUAACACGAGCACUUUCUCUAGGCCAUGCCAGAACCCCUUUCCGCUUGGAAAUAUUUGCUUUGGACGCCAGCCUUGCCCAGCACACAACACAGGCAAUUAUGGGAGCUAUUUAAACAGGAGAGAUCUUCUGACAGGCGACGCCUCAUUUGGAGGGAUGAAGGAAUCAGGAAAUGAAACCUUCAUUGAUGCGCCGAGGGUAUGGAAAGAGAAUCCUCCAGGAUCACUGUGGCCUGUUGCAUUUCUCAUGGGCAUGUUGUGCAUGCGUUGAGGACUGUUGUGUUUGCACAAAAAAAGUAAAAGUUUGAAUUUGUUGGGGUUUUUUUUUGAGUGUAAAGAGAGAGAGUUUUUCUGUGUCAGAGCUUUUUUCUGUUUGAUUUGUGGAGUUUGAGUGUUUGGUGCCUGCUAACAGUUUAUCUGCAAAGGUGCAGCUGGAGGUUGCUGGCAGCUUUCGUCAGCUCAGAGGUCUUUUCUCUGCUGCUGCUGCCACUCUCAUGAUGGAGAAAAAAGACCGUGAGGUCAACAACACUGUCGAAUGAAAUCCUGCCCAACUAUUUUUUUUUUUUUCUGGGCUGUCCUCCCUUGACUCAGACUAAAAAGUUGAAAUGUUAACUUUACUGAGCGCUUUUUUUUCUCUGAUGAAUGCACCGCUUCACCUGGCUGCAGAGCGACGCUUUCCCCGUCGACCUCGGCUGACAUGACACAUUGUUUUUAGAGGAAAGAGACAGUUUCGCCGAUGGAAUGUGGGAAGAGGACAGCAGACUUGGCAAGCCGACGAGGGUCAUGAGCGCUACCUGCUAUUGACCUACUUAUCCACCCAAGAGGUUUCAGCCUCGCCAGGUGCCACUUUGCGAGCACAGAUUGUGUGUUUUUAUGCGUUUGGUGAAUCCAAAUGUCCCCGCAUUUCUGUGUGGAAAAAGAAGAAAGAAGAGGAGCCAGAGAAGUUUAAUUUCAAACUCUGUCGGGCUGAGAAUUCCCCAGAAAGGAAACUUAAUCUCUAGGCCUUCUCAGACUGGACAAAUAGACAGUAAAUUAGUUUCGCAUGACGGUUUAUUAAAAAAACGUCUUGUGUAUACAACGGAUUAUUGAUGCAUUGAGCAGAGGGGUGGAUAAGGUUCCAGUGUGGUCGGUACACAGGGACAGAGCCCAGGUCUCCGGGGUAAGAGGGAAUAUGGAGAGUCACCUCUAGAGCCACAGUGCAGUCACGCACAAGGGAGUACGAGGCCACUAAGUACUGCAGCGUGCCAGACGGAUAAAAACAGCGAAAAUGACAUUGCAAAAGAGCUCUCACUCUGAAAAUAAACAAAUAUAUCAAAAGAUUUAUAGAUGUCCCACUCCUACUGCUGUUGAUUCGCCUCUUUUUUCGUGGAGUCACACCAUGAGAUGAGGGGAAGAAAAGUCUGUGUCCUAGAAGAGAGCAGCUGGAGGUUCACAAUUCAUUACGAGUGGAAAUGAAGUCAGCAACUUUCAUUCGUGGUCAGUUUCCCUUUCUUGCCCCGAGGCAGGACGGGGCCUCAGGCGACACCUCUGGAAAUGCUUUUCUAUGCACUUGAGAUUGAUUCACAUGGUCGCCUGUUACCCUCCUGCUCCCCCAGACCCCCUUCAUUUCUCAUACUCUCUCCUCUUUCCAUCCCCCCUUACUCACCUCCCACCUCUUUCCUCUCGCCCUCUCCUUACAUUCUUCCCGUCAUGGGGCUGACAGACACUCGUCAUCAGCAGGUACUCCGGCCCAGGUGGAUCAGGUUUCCCACUUGCCAGGAGAUUGUGCUGCAUGUGCACAUUUAUGGCUUAGUGCUGCACAGUUGGAGGUUUUUAGUGCAACUCUGGUGUGCUGCCAGGUCAGAUAACCAUUAUGACAGGCCUGAGACACUCCUCUGAAUCCCUUAAUUUUUCUUCUUCUUCUUUAUAGAGGAAUUAAUCUCAGUACAUUUACUCAAAAGUGGAGGUACUCAUCAGAUACUUAAGUAGUCCAAUUCAUCCCCCACACACACACACCUGAACCUUUCUCUCUGCACACAGCUGCUUGAUUUGCACCCACUCUUCCCCCUUCAUCAGCAGAAUACUACACGGGUUUCAAAAGUUCGGGUUUUAUUAAUAUUCAGUUUCACAGCAGGGGUUCCAAAUGCUUAAGGAGGAUUGUUUUUUAAUGUGCAGCAUUUCUAGCAACAGGAGCAGAAGUAGAUGUGUAUUUGAUAGCAAAGGUUGCACCUCGGUACACUUUGAAGAUACUGUAACUGCAUGUCUGUGUAUAAAACCAGCAGAUUAUGUAAGUAGACCCUCCUCAUGAUGAAGGUUAAAGAAGACAUAUACACUCGGUAAUUGAUUGCAGAUAGCUGUUGGAUAAAGUAGCCCUCUCAAAGUUAAAUAUCAUCAAAAUUAACAAGUUACUUUGACAGCUUUAUUAACAACACGUAAUUACUUUUGCACCAUCAACCUUCUGUAGUUUUCUUAAUGUCGCCAAAAGGUGUGCCACAGGGUUCAGUUUUAGGACCCAUUAAUUUCACUAUGCUUGAAACUCAUUUUGGGAAAUACUUAUAGAUCUCUAUGCAGAUGAUACUGUUAUAUAUUGCUGCUAAAAUACUUCACCUCAACACUUAAUAAUUAGCAAACCGCAGUUGACACUAUUAAACUGCACCAGUCCCACUUCGGACUAGAUCUGCUGCAACUUCGGAGCCCCAUCUUAAGGGAUUUGUUGUUUGUUUACACCUCAGCUCUCUCCUUUUAUCUGGACUCAUUAGUAUUUGUAAAUCAUUAACCCACCAUAGUACUUGAUAAUCUUCUCAAUUGAUCAUCAUAAAUCUGUGUAAAACUUUGAGGUGGCUUAAAUGGAGCAACACCUGCAAGCUAGUCAGGCAAGCAACUCGAGCUGCACUGAUUUCACUCUUGACUUAAGCAUCAUUCUUCACAAUCAUCUGACAAAAAUAGUCUUUCUGAUUUGUCGGUCUAUUUGAGAUGAUAGAUUGCCUGGCCCUAGGUUGUCCUUGUGCGUCUUAUCAAUGACGUGACCAUAAAUCUUCUUUUUAUUUUUACACUUUGUUCUGUUUGUUGUCGACAUUGUACAAGCUGUUUACAUGCAUAUUAUCUUCUGAUCAUGCCUGUAUGCUUUACUGAUGUUACCCAGCAAAAUAAAUGUCAAAGUAUAAUAGAAAUGAUAACUUAACCAGUAGAUGGAUUUGAUUAUUUCAUUUUAUUAAUUUAAGAAGACAAGGCUGAUUUUGCAAGAUGACGUGAUUAUCUACGCAGAUGAAACAAAUUCAUUGUUUGAUUCAUAUCUCAACAGAAUUUAAAGAUACAGUUUUGGGUCAUGAUUGCUGAACUAAGUCAUUACAGCAAAUUUAGGGUUGAUCAGUCGUCCCCCUGUAGUUGCAUAAAUCGACAUAAUUAAGGUCAUUAGUCUAUGAUUUAAAAUCUGUUGCCAAAGUUGUCAGACACCAAGGGUGUACAGCUACAUGACUCUCCUGAUCUCUGAUAAACAUUAUGAAUAAUAAGCGGAAACAACCUUUUGUAUUCCUGCGAUAACAGGUUUAUUAUCUCUCUUUCUUAAGAUGACAAAAUAAUUAACUUGUCAUCUCGGGAUAAAGACAUCAGAAAUAAUUACAAGCGCUGCCGUUCUUGGCUUCUGUUUGUUCUUAUCAUCUCUGUUUGAUGUUGAUAUACAACUACUUGUCUUCUAAAUGGGUCAUGACUUGAUCCCAGAAAACCUUCAGCCAGACAUUAAUCUAUGAAGUAUUUGUUCCGUCUUGAAGUGAUCUUAUUAAUUUUGGUUUUUAUGCGUCUGUCUCCCGGCAGAUGUGGAUGAGUGCUCAGAAGGCAACGGCGGAUGCCAGCAGAUUUGUGUCAACAUGAUGGGCAGCUACGAGUGCCGCUGCAGAGAAGGAUUCCUUCUGAGUGACAACCAGCACACUUGUAUCCAAAGGCCCAAAGGUUAGUCAUGCAUGGACACACACAAACACACGCGAUAUUUGAUGAUUUAUGAAAAGCUGGAUAUCACUGAGUGUUUUAAAAGUUUGGCUUGAUGCAGCUGAAUCUUGGAUGUGAUGAGCUGUGCAGAUUUAAACAGUGAAUGGGAUCAGCCCCAACAGGCCUGAAUAAAAGGUGAGCAAAGGUAAGUGUCUGAAAUCUGAGGAGGGGUGAAAGGAAGACGAAAAAUGGGGAUAAAUCUCUCUGUUGUUUUCCUCCCACCCUUUCAAAUUGAACCAAUCUAGAGCUUGGCAGCAUUUUAAGGUAUUGCUGGCAUGAGAGUGGCCCUCGGGGGGACUGUGAGCAGAGAAAACAAUUAGAGGAGUAGCCUCAGGCAGACACACCUCUUGUUUAUAGAGCAUUCCUGUGGGAUGGAGACUUGACAGGAGAAGCUCGAGAGCCAACCUUCUCUCAGGCUUACUCAUCAGACACAGGAGCCCCGCACACAUACAUACAUUUAUAACGUCACGGCUGCAUUUGAAGUUAAGUAAGCUGUCAGGAAAAUAUCUCUGCUAUGUAUUUUGUCUGGUAGCCGUUUUCUUCAGGCCAUAAAGAGCAACAAGGCAGUGGUAAUAGUUUGUAAAAGAUUUACUAUGGUUUCUUUAAAGUGUCCUAUAAAAUGUUUUUAAAUCAUGAAAACGGCUGGUUCCUCGACUUUGCCAGAUUUUCCACUAUUUCGAUGACAAGCUGUAUUGCAGUCCCUCUUCAUAUGACUCAACUGUGGUUGAAGUUUGAGCACUUUUGUGCAGUUUUAAAGCUUUUUUUUUAAACCUGAAUUCUUGCCAAGCAAGAUAGGGUGCUUGUUUAUGUCGUACUUAUUCGGACUCCUGCAAAUUUUUGUAGUUUCAGCCUUGGAGCUAUAAGAACUUGAGUGUUUAUUUGUUUGUUUGUUUUUCCAAAAGGUCACAUUACAGUGAUGGCAUUUGAGUUUUUUAUUUUUAAAGUCCCCGUGUGGACUUUUUAGCUGGUCAUGAAACAGAAUGACAUUAUUACCGCUGCCUUUUUGUGACCUACAAACGCAACUGAGACCACAGACCACAAGAUUUAUAAUUCCUAUGUAGAUUGUUAAUUUUAAUGCUUGCAACCAACUCAGAAAAAGUUUCAGUGGCAAAGAAUAAAGAAUAAAUGAUUCAUUUGAUUGUCAAAAGAAAGCAGGAUGUUAUUUUUCAUGAGUAAACCAUGGUAAAAGACAGGCCACGCCAGAUAAAGUCUCUUCACAGAGGCUUUCAAACAACAUCAUACUUAAGAUUUAGAACUAUUCUCCAACAUUUCUGAGGAAAUCCUGCGAAUGGUUAUACAAGACAUUAUUUUGCUUCUUUAGUUUGUCACUUAACCUGUUGGUAUUUAAGUUAAUUUUAUGAUACACAUUAAAUAAACAUGUUUAGCUAACCAUUUGCCACUUGGAGAGUAAAAGCCAGAUCGGUUGAAUCAGACCCUACCUGAGAGUGCAUGCAACACACUUCCUGUUGCAGGCUCUUGUAAUCUCAGGCAUUGACUAUACUGCAACUCCUUACUGGCAGACCUCCUCCUGCGUUUCCAAUCAAACCUCUGCAGAUGAUUGCAUCAGGUCGUCAACCAGCCAGUAACAGCGGAUGUCAUCCUGCUUUUCGGUUCAGAACCUGGUAGUUUGGUGCUUAGAUGAUGAUGAUGAUGAUGAUGAUUGCAGCAUUGAUUAUAAUUUUGUGGUUCCAUGGUGAAAAUAACAUGUUGUAAGUUACAGCAGUGAUAAUGUUGCAAUAUUAUACUUAUAAUAAUAAACACUGUACAUUGCCUCUGGCACUGCAUGGCAGCUGUAUUUGUGAUUGGACUAUUGUUGCACUUACGUAUGUUGUUUCCUUCAGUCCAGAGCUUUUCUUGUGUCGUGCUUACUCUCAGAUAUAUGUAUUUUUGGACAAAAGUACAUAACAUGAAAAACUUGAGCCCACUAAGCAGUUAUUUUUAUUUAACUUGUGUUUUCAAACACUUAAAAGUUCCCGUUUGUCUGCUGGGAAAGUGCUUGGCAGCGAUAACACUUCAGAUCCAAGAGAGAGAAGAGAGACCGUUUGCCAGAUCUCACCAGGGAAGACAAAUCUGUGUCAUCAGAUUUAAAAACUGUGUGUUACUGACACGGAUCCAGAGUUAAUUUUAUUCUAAUAUGUGUGUCAGGAAAUUUACCAUACCAGAGUCAGCGAGUUUCUCUAGAGACGUGAUCAGUAUGUAAUGAAAAUUUAGUAUUUCAAGUGUUGCUUAAUCAUGAUGUAUACAAAAACACUGAUUCUCAUAAAACAUGAGUUUAAGUUCAAGUUAAACUUAUGAGGAAGACAACGUUUCUGCAACAUUGAAUCCCAAAUUUAGAUAUCAUUGAUUUUGUUGCUCGUUGUUUGUCACAUUGACCAAUGCGUUUGUUUUGUGUUUGGCGUAUUGGUCCACUGCUCAGAAAAGCAGCAGUAGAGAAAAUGAACAGCUGUUAUCACAAUCACAAAACAUAUUAAUUCCAAGAGUAAUUAUAUAGCUGUCUCUUGAGUCCUCAGUUUUGGCUGAGACUGUGUUGUGGAUCUUUUUGUUUUGGGCUGUAUGCAGGUACAGCAGGAUCUGAGAAUCUCUCUAUCACUGCCUUCCUGUUUUCCUCGUCCCCCCUCCGUCUUUAUUAGGUAACUGCUUACGCUGGGAGCCAUUAGACCGUAGUGUUCCUUGGUCUCCCGGACGGUGAACCGAGGAUCUUGGACGUCUGGUUUAUGAGAUCAGUCUGGCCUAGUGAACUGUCAAUGUUUACAUUUCAUAAACGCAGUGUUAUUUGAGUGGAGUGAAGAGCUGGAUCAUGUGUUUCAAAGCACUACUACUAUAUCAGUGCUGUCAGGAGCAGACUGUGAGUAACACUCGGGUCUCUCUUUCGCUUCCUAGCCUCUUUUUCGUCUCUAUAAAUGCCUCUCCAGUUCCUGUUAAUCUCCCAUUUUCAUAUUAAUUCUGUCUUUAUUGCUUCCAGAUGAGAUCCAUUUGGAUCAAAGAUUAAAGCUUGCCAUAAAUCUAUAAACUUCCUUCACACAUCAGAUAGCUUCCCUAUCAUUGUUUCAUUACUUCUGAAAGACUAACAGACAGAAAGCAGCUCAUCUGCUUAUUAUUACUGCUCUUAUUACAACAGUGUGUGUCUGCAGGAAAAUGGAAGCAGUGAGGAAUCAGCUUUGCAAUUUAUAGGACAAUAAGCCUGCAGAGAUGUUGUAAAUAUCGCUCUCCUUGUGAGCUAAAAGUAUUAUGCACAAGUGGCUAAGGGAGAAAAAAAAUCACUCUGAAAAUUAAAACUGAUCUAAUCUCCUUGCCAAGUUGGUUUAAAUGCAUCCUUCCACCCAUUCUGCCAAGGUUCCUCUUAAAGAGCGAAGCCUGGGGUGCAGUUUGCUCAUGAGCUUUAUUGUUCUCAUUAAAAAGACAUCAGCUUUCCAUUUCUUUCGUUAAUGGGUCAGGUGUUCCCUCGGCAACUUCUGCGAGUCUUUCCGGGGACAGUGGAGAGCUGGUCACUGCAGUCUGUGGCGCUAACAGUCUGUUUCCCCUGCUGGUAAGAAGCCCUUGUUAGCAGUAAGCCUGUGCCAAUUAGGCAGCAGGGGUCUGCCAGCCUCUCAGCUAAUGACAAGGCUGCUGCUGGCCUGUCUCUUAUUAGACCUGCCCCUGCCCCCCUGAACAGGAAUAACUCCGGCCAAAUGAAGGCUCCAUCCUCAGGCUGGACAAAAUGUAACAGUUCAUUUAUUCUCCCCAAACAUUUCUCCCAGUCAAGAAAUCAAGCCUUUGAAAUCCCAGCCAAGGUGCUCAGCGGUUGAUAGGAAUGCCAUUUAGGUCAAGAAGGGUUCCACUGCUCUGACUUUGAUUUAUUGUCUUUCUUAUGCAGAAGGAUAACAGGGACGUACUAUAUGUGCGUGAGACGGGAUCCAGCACAUUGGAAUCCUGGAAUUUCAAGCUCAGUCAACCCACACAUCCAUAAUUUUAGUCCUGUGCAUUUCUGGGUAUCCGGUUAGGCAAUUACUUUAAGUGUGCACUGAUGGCCUGUUGUGUAAGUCACAUACUGUUGCUUUUACAUUCACUCAUACUGUCUUCAUGAUACAUAAAACAUGAUGAUGUGAUUUGAAUUUUAAACACGAGCUCUGCUGAAUUCAUUGCGAGAAGGUUCAGAAAGUUGAAGCAGAGGCGGAACUUUUAAAAAGUCCUCCAGAUUAAAGUUUGUGUCAACCUGCCAAUCAAUAUGACACCAACGUGGCAGACAUGGAGCGCUGCGGGAAUUAGCACGAAAAAGAAAAACAGGAAAAUUGUUUUAAUGUUUUUUUUUUUGUUUUUUUUUACAUUUUUACCAUCUCUGACUUGUGUCGGUGGUUUUUAAAUAAGCUUUAGUUCAAUGUGUGGUUAUCACAAACUGUAGGGAAUAUCUGAUGUAGUUCUGGUAAAUGUCAUUAAAGUGCUCACUUCUACAGAUAAAGGGAUAUUCUGGUGUAAAAUUAAGUUAAGGUCAAACACACUGUAACACCAAAUGAGACACCCCGUCGAGAGAUGAAUGUUGCCAACCACUUGCUUCUCUAGUUAUACCAACUCUAGUAACAACCGCAUGAUAGCAAUACACAGCAAUCUCAGGAGCCACACGCUCAACCAAAACGCCACUCUCUAGCCACAAAUAAUGCUCAGAACAGCACCUAAUUUCAUCAACAGUACAUAUAGGGUCCCAGCCACAGUACUAGCCACCAAACAUCUUUUUAACUUUGCCUAAUUUUUUAGCAAAGAGACCAAACACAACUGACCUACUCUCUUCCAGCAGCCGCUUGUUUGUAGCGGGACCUCGACCAGUCUAUCAUCGACUGCAGCGGAGUUUCGCAGCUCAAGGAAGAACAUUUAUGAUCUUUACUUCAUGGAAAUGCAGUCAUACCAAGACACUAAAGCAGUAGAAUGACCGCGUCUGCAGUGCAAAAUGAUUAAUAUGGAAGUUAUUACUUUAGGGAAAUGAUAAAGAAAUAAUGCGAGUUUCGCUGAGGGGCUAAAUCCUGCGCUGCCUAAAAACAGAAGCUGUACUCCUUGGGGCAACUCAGGUUCAAUCCAAACCUGCAUUUCUUCGACCUCCCUCUUAAUUUAGGCCCGUAAAAAACUUAAAAAAUAAGAGUUUGCGGCUAUCAGAUAGCUGUCAUGAACUUGAAAUAUUAUCGCACUGCUGAUCGACAAAGUUUUGUUUUGUUGAAGUUGAGAUCUCUCUCCUGAAUAUUUCCAGAAAGUUUCAUGACAGCCAGCUGCAGAGAUUUACCAAGUUUGCCUAAUCACACAUGCCCAAGAGGAGGGUGGGUCUUUGGAGGCAGGAUAUGGAUCCUGCGGUUGUCAUUGUGUUGUUUUAAUGAGAUAACCAAGAUGGUGGAUGUUGUGAUGAGAGUUUUUUUGCCUUUUUGUCAGCGCUGUGUGCAUAUUUAUUUUACCAGUCGAUAAGUAGAAAAGAGUGUGAAGCAGCUACCUCCCUCCUGGUUGGCACACUAAAAUGUCAAUUGUGCAGCUGCUUAUGUGAGCGUAUUAAGGCUUCACUGUCACUGUUUGCUGCCAGAGAAAAGUCAGCUAAUAGGCCACUGCACUCCUAUCACAGUCGUGUACAAACAAUACAGAUCAUUAUAGAUAAACAGAAAGAAAGGAGGUCCAUCAUGGCAGAUACACUGUGUAUUACUUUGUUAGAAAUACAAGUUUUAAAUACAAAAAGUCCACAAAACUUGCACUAUGUUGCAUUCAUAUUCACACAUGCACAUAUUAAAAAACAGUUUCCUUCAAAACUUAGCCUUGGUGUUUUCCAAUUGGUCACCUGACUGUGGAUGCAAGCAUUGCACUUUUCUUCACAGCUCUUCCAGGAAAUGUUUACUUUGUCAAUGAGAAGCUCUUCCUGUGUUUACAACUUUCAUUAGCUUCCCAAAGGGUUUGUUACCCCUCGUGCAGCCCAAUGUCUUCACGGUCUCAUUCUGUCGCUCUCUCUCCAAUUCAAAUACGAACACAAUAGAGAAGAUGGACACACACACACAUACACAUACACAUACACAUACACACGCAUAAACACAAGCAUACAAGCACACAAUUGGGAAUUUUCAAUUCAGCCCCGCUGAAGGCACAUUCAGACACGUUCUGUUAUGACAUUUCGGUGCAGACCGUGGCAUGUUGACUUCAGGAUAUGUGUUCUCUGUGCUGGCCUGAGCUGCAGCAGUGUGAGGAAUUUUCCAAUAAAUAAAAUCAAAUCCAUAAAAAAAAAAAAUAAUAACGGUCACAUCAUAUUCCUCGGUUAGUAACGCUCCAACCAUGACGUUCCCUCUGAAUGAAUGAAACCUGGUACAAAAUCUGUAAACUUGUUCUUUUUAUUGUGGUUUAUUCUUAUUGUAGAGGGAUAACAUAACUUUAUUUCCCGCUGUGUAAUAUCCAUUAAGCAGGGUGUUGUAAAUUUUGAUUUAAGGCAGUAAUGGGCUACUAAAGGGCCAGUUCUCAUCAUUCCAAUCCGGUGACGCUGUUUUUAAAAAUGUCAAGUAUAUAACUAUUAGUAUUCAUUAAAGGAGAUUUUUAUGCAUUCUUAUUCUGUGCUGUGUGCAGUUGUCCUGCUGUGUAGAAGCAGGCAUAGCUUUUGCAUGCUCCCCCUGUUGUGUCUCAGCAGGCCGGCCUGCCUGCCUGUCUAUGCAUUGGCCACAGCACUGUUUUUACAAGUGUAGAAGUCACUGCUCCAUUGCUCUGCAGCCCAACCGUAUAACCAGGCUCUUUUCCUAUUCUUGGGAAGUGGAGCAAAGGGAACGCCUCGAGCUCCCUUUGCUACCUAUUAAGUCUCUGCGUCAGUCCAGCAGCAGGGACGAGGACAUAGGGGACACUUUCCUCUGUGUCUGGUCUUCUUCUGUCUAUCCAUCUCCUCCUCUAACUCUCUGUGGUUAUCUUCUCUCAUUCCCUCUUUGUCCAGACGUUACCAAACCCCAUGCCUCCACCGCCCCCCCACCCCCACCCUUGAACAAAUAUACACCAGUGGCUUGGGCUUCAGCAAACGUUGGCUGCCUUGCCACUGAAUUCUCCACAGCUCAUUUGAGACGGGCAUCCCUUUUGGUCGUGGGUUUGUCGAAGGCCAUCUCUAAGCUGGCUGGCCCAGCGUGCUGCUGCGGACUGCCUGUGUGCCAGUGGGGUUUUUCCACUCACACUUGGCUGUCAUGGCUUUAACCAGAGAGCCAGACUUGCAGCUUUGCACAGACAGAUGCCUUCUUCAGCUGCCUCUCCCCUUUGAUUUUGGAAAGAAUGCGUCUCUAAUAACAUGAUAUGUCUCGUGUCUUUGUAUGCCUUUAUUAAAGAAGGCUCUGCAGUGCUGUGCUUGCUGUGGAGCCUCCUGUACUGCGAGGAUAGCUGUCUCCUUUGGGACUGCGCAGUGAGGUGACCUUGAUAGAACGAGAGGAAGGGAAGAAGGCGAGAGUGGCACGUCCCCAGCAGGUGCUGCACAACUGUCUGUGACACAGAUGGGCAGGUGCACACGAAUGCGCGUGCAGCAUGCAUAUAUUAUGCAAAUACACCUGUGAACUGAAGCAUAUAUAUACAUUCACUUUAAACCCACAAAUUACACACACUUUCAUAACACUGCCCUGAGAGGAACUGUCGAAAUGAUAGAUAGUCAUAUGCAUAUCACAUAAGCUUAUCUAUUACAUUUGUGCCUAUUUUUCCAGAGAAACUCUCUAAAAAUACCGUAUAUCACUCAAGACAGCUGUAAAAGAAUACCUUCCUUUGGUUGGAGCACAUGUUAACUAAAUAUGUUUUAUUUUAGUCUCAGGAGCAUAGUACACUCAUAAAAGUCAUUCAUUAAGCACUUUGGCAGAGAUAUGUAUCCAUCUAGAAUACUCUUUGCUGUCUUUUCCAUUCUCCUGUUGUUUAUGCUUUCGGUGGCUCCUCUCUGAGUAAGUGAGUGAAAUGAGCAGCCUCAACAAGGCCUUUGGGAGCCGCCGGAGAAAAUCAGGGGCUCAAACAGCAGACCGAACAGUAGCACUUGGAUGAAUUCUUUCUGCUCCCUAUGAGCGGAGUCUGGAAGGGUUUCUUUCAUGACUGGCUGGCCGCCUCGUCGCCUCGUCUGUCCAUCUGUGUCACAGCUCAGCCCCAAUCCAGUCCGGCUCCUUUCCCGUACUCUCUUUUUCAUGCGCUGACAUUUUUAUCCUCCUAUUAAAACUUUUAAGGGCCCAUUAUCUAAGAGGAAGGAAUGCUGCUUUAAUAGUGUGGUGGCUCCAUGCUUAGGCCCCUUCUUUUCAGUUUGCAACCAACCGACUACCUCUAGCUUGCUGUUUAAUGUUCGACAGCCACUGUCGAGCAAAAGAGGGGACUGUCUCCCAUCUAAGAUGUGCGACGGCAGCUCAGAGCGGACAGUUAGCCCUCCUUUCACCGCCUCGAACACUCUGAGCAGACCAUAAACCCUUGGCAUGCCUUCCACUACUUCAGCCCUAUUGUUUCUCUCACUUCACUACUCGGUUUUUAGGUUUAAGAGAGCUUGCAACCCUGUAGUGAAGAACUUGUGGCCCCCUUGGAUCUUUUGUUCGAGGAUCACAGGAGUCGGCGUCUUGGCUGGAGAACCAUGUUAACUUUCCUGCUUUUGAGCAGUAUCCUCGUGUGGUGAAUAAAAUGCGCAGCCCAGUGUUGAAAGAUCCAGAUCCUGAAGCUUCUGUGCAUAAAAUAAAGUCCAAACUGAUCAUAAGCUCAUGAUUGAGAUAUCCGUUUGUUGAUUUUUAGCUCACAAACGUUAGAGUAAAAGUUGCCAACCAUCGGUCCAAGUUUUUAAAACAUCUGACUUUUGCACAGGAGUUUCCACCAUUAGAAAAUUCAUAUGUACCUUUGCUGUUUUGUCCAAUUGGAUUUCAAAAGUCAGAUACUGUAACCCCCACUUAAAGCCAUGCCCUCCAGGCGAUGUGGUUGAUCUCACAUAUUAAGUGACUGACGCAGCGACAGAAACACAAAUUGAUUCUGCUUCAAAGAUCGAAAAAUAAUUUUCUUGCUUCACCCCAAGGAUGAUACUUUUAUUUUCUUUGCGUAUAGAUUGAAAAAAGGUAGGCUGUUGUUUCUGGCAUUUAGGACUCUGCUAAAACAAAUCUAGUUUGUAGGUCCACCCCCUUAUUUUCUCAAAGGCUCUUUUAAUAAACUUAUCGAUUGAAAAAAAGAAAUCAUAUUCUGCCGAAGCAAGAACAGUGUUUUUCUUCAUGAGAGAUUUCUCGUUCGUCUGUUUCUCUCUCUUUCCUGAUUUGUUUUGCGCGAGGCUCUGUUAGAGGUGAUUACAUGCGUUUCUGUGCAUCAAUCAGAGUCUGUUAAUAGUUGGUGGGUUGUUUAGUUGCUAUCAAUCAAAGCUGACAAAAACACACCCACACGGAGCAGUUCAUUCAGGUUUGUUUCCUUACUCCAAAGACUGUGAGAUGUUUUCAUGUUGUGUUGAUCCUUGUGACCUCCUCAGAUGUAUUCAAUCGUACUGCUGCUUCACCCACUGUAGGAAAGAUAUCACUCUUCUGAGGCAUGUAGUCAUAUAGAGGAAGCUAAUGAAUGCAGUGCAGGUCUUCUUUUUAGACUGCAUUUCUUUGUCUGAGACAACAAUUUGCAUAAUACAGAGGGAGGAUUUAUUGCUUUGUAGCUUGAUAAAAUUAUAGACUGUAACAGAACAACAGAGAGCGUUAUAAAUUCUGAGUUAUUAUGGUAAGUAAGCUGAGAGAAGGUGACCAGACAUACUGAUUUAUUGUUACCUGUCAUCGUCAAAGCAUUCAAACGGCAUAAACAUUAAAUCCUGUUCAUGCUCAUUUUGGUCUUUUACCUAGUCCCUCUCCGAUAGUUCUUUUUUUUUAAUACUACUAUGAAGUUUUUAGCCGAAAUCACGUUACCUGUUGUUUUCUUCUGCAGAGCUCGAGUAGCUCAUUAGCAAUUCGCCUCUGAGUCGUAGGCAGAGACAGUGCUGCUCUGCGCACUUCUCCUCGAGUUAGCUUGCAGCCUAGCAUUGCCGGUGUCGUAGAAGAAGCAGGUAACAUAGGAGCUAUUCAGCUUUUGUACACUAAUGUCUUUAGGGCAGGAGUGGGCAAUCAUGUGCCAUGGAGGGCCGAGAGGCUGAAGGUUUUCUUCCCGACCCAAAACUCCACCAGGUGAUUUCACUGAUUACCUCACCUCCAAGCAGAGAGCAGAGACUAAUCAGUGAAAUCACCUGGUGGAGUUUUGGGUUGGAAAGAAAACCUGCAGCCUCUCAGCUCUCCAUGGCACAUGAUUGCCCACCCCUGCUUUAGGAGAACGAUGGAAGUUAAUAACAUAAUUAGCUUUCUUACGAGCAUUGCAAUCCGCUAACGCACACGCUUGUUCCGGGAUCGUCCUCUCUAUUUCUCCGAGCCUUGCCUGCAUAGUGGGGCUCCGGGGGUGGCGCUUGGAUUGGUUACGUAGGAAAUUUUACUGUAUCUGAGUUCCGUUUGGGUCUGCCAGAGAUUCCCAGAGAUUUGAAUGAAGAAAUACUCAGAAAUGCAAUUUCACACUUAUUUCUCUCAUUAUAUGUCCUGUAGCAUCAGAAAAAUGCCAUAUGAACAUGUCGACAGUAAGAAAAACAUGAUUUUCAUCAAACAGGAUCUUUAAAGCCCAGGUUUUAAAGUUUCCAUCAAAACAGUAUUUCCUUUUGUACUAAUUCUGUUACAUAAAACAUAAUAAAAUGAAGAUAAUUGAAAGUAAACAACAAAUCUGAAUGCCGGACAGCUGAAUAAAAUCGAUGUUGUUAUUGAUCUAGUUGUACUGUUAAGGUCAUGAAGAUGCAGGUAUGAGAGUAGAAAUAAGUGAAAACUCCUAAAAGUGCCUUUAAAAACGUAACCCUAAGCUUUUACGGCUUUGUUACUGAAAAAAGUGUCAAAGAAAACAUGUGAUGCUGUUGCAAAUGCAGCACAUCACUCCGCUUCUUGACAAGGCUAAGGUCAAAUAUUUGCUUCUGCUAAAGCAACAGCUUGAUAGUAAAAGCAAUUAUGUUUGCCAAGCAAGAUCAAUACCACAUUGGCUAGCAAAGCAUUUGAAGUAACAGCGAGCCUAGCUUUGUUCAAAGCCAACAAAACAACUCUAAAUCCACUCUUAAAAUACAUAAAUGGUGAACAACGUGGUGAAAAUAUGUUUGAAAUAUGCGUGCUUGAGCCAGGUUAGCCAGCUGUAGUUCGAUACCCAUCUUUAAAACCAUUAGAGCGGCCUUGUUCUGUGCAUCUCACCCUCAGAAGAAAGCAAUAAAGCACAUGUUCCAAGAUUUAAAGCCUAUCCUUUAACACAUAUGCUUUUAUCACCUAGUUUACUACACAAAAAGGGAUUUAUGAGCUUCUGGCAACAGUAUAAACUGUUAGUGUUGGGCACCUGGGUCAUGACCUGUCCUGGAGGAAUAAAACUGUGGCUCCUUUGCAGAGGAAACACUCCUACUUGUUUUCUCGGUUAAUUGCAGUGUUCCCUUUUUACCACAUGUGCUUUAGUUUUGAUGACGCCUGUCUGUGUCAAACCCAUAUUCACAUUUGUUAGUCCCCCAGUAGCUGUUUGUAAAGACUCCUUCUGAAUUCCAACAGCUCAGACUCUAUUUCCUGUCCAGUUUUCUGCCUGUAAAGUGGCCUCUGAUGGGUUUGACUUUUUAUGUAUGGGCUUAUGUUUUGUGGGUGAGCAGUUUGUUCAAGGGGAACACUGCACAUAUGAUCCAUUUACUUUCUCAUCCGCCUCCUUACAAAAGGAUGUUUUUCUUUCUGCUCCCCAUCAUUUGGUAAUGAUAAAAACUGGCUCCAGUUAGAGGGAGCAGCACGUCGUAGAUGAUGGCUUGCCUCAGCCUGCAGAAAAGGGCCAUUGUGUCAACACUUUAGCUUUUAUUGGUCCUAGGAGAAAUGAAGGCCCGGGUUCCGGCCUGACAUGUUAUUGAUGGAUUGGUCUGUAGUAUUUGGGCUGUGGGGUUGCAUAAAAAUCAAGGGGGAGUGAAGUGAGUUUUGGGAUGCAUAAUAUAACCGUGGCAAGUAAUUUUGAGUCCAUCGGGGUUACUUAGUUUGAAAUUCAAUCCUCUGUUUAGAUGUAUGUUUCCAGAUCUUGCCCUCCAUGGACAUAAACUGAAGGAAUAGGGAGCACUGAAUUCCACAUCCUACUUAAACAUCCACACAAUUUGCAGAGAAAUUUGCAGCACUUUACCGCUGUUGCUCGUGAUUUUACUUUUCUCUUUUUUUUUUUCCCCUCGGAGUAGGAGCACCAGCCGUGUGUUUGUUCUAGGAUGAGCCUCUGUGUGGUGAUGUCUGAUGCUGCUGCUGCUGCUGAAGUUGGUGCCCGAUAGCUUGUCCUAUCUGCAAGAACGACAAGAGCUCAGGCAGAAAGUCUGAGAGGAUUGCGUGACCUUGUGACACUUGCUGACAGGCUUAAAGCGAUGGAAAGUAUUUAACCAGGAGGUCAGAAGUUGUCUGUCAAACUCGCCUUGUCAGCUACUUGAAAAGUAAAAGAAAACUCAAAAUAGAUCUCAGCCGAGAGUGGAAAUACAUAAGGGGGCAGGAUGAGUUCUUGGCAAAACAUGUGGAAAACAAGAGGGCAUAGUAAAGGGAGGCUCUGAUUGAGGUAAUUACAGCACAUGAUGAGAAAAUAAUUAAGGAUCUAAUAAUGUAAAAAUGUUGUCCCUGUCAAGCUGAUUGUUGCAUCUUGUAGCCCUCGAGGCACGAACAUACGAUGGCACUCCAUUGUCAAGAUUCGCACUCGUAUUUCAACUCAAAGAAAAGGGUAAGCAGGGUUAUACACGCUUUACUAGGUGUUGACAUUUCCACACACAUAUGCAAAUAGUUAGAUUUAUAGCAAAAAGAAGUUGGCUAAUUAAGAAAGUUAGACCUCCAAACACCCUUCAGUGCAACGGCAGAUUUAAUGAGACGUUAAUGGAGACGUCUCCGUGCUCACUGCCUCCCUCUUCACCAGAAGAGAAGGGAAAAGGAGAGAGAUGUGUUUGGUUUUUAAUGAGCAUGAGAGCCGGGGUUUGUCACCGAGUCUGCAGCCAUGGCAAAGUUUCACAUCGAAUAAGUCAAAUAUCAGUCUUCUGCCGCGAAAGGGGUGGUGUUAUCGCAGUGCAGGGUGUUGCAGAAGAGGCAUCCGCUUUGUGUAAUAAUUUAUGACGCGAGGGGUCUCAAGUCAUGGAAAUGCAUGCUCGAUUUCUCUUCCUCAUCAUGAAGCAUUUAUACAUCACACAGAAAUGAUGCAUCUUUGUGUGCCAUGUUUGGAGAAACUUUUAAUUAUACACAACCUUUUUUUUUUUUUGUCUUUUUUUUUUCAACAUCUUGUGCGCAACCUUGAUGACUCAUGAGAGAGCCUCUUUUGAUCUGCAGUUAGACUUUUUUUUUUCCUCCCAGAGUGUUCCUCCUUUCUUUUCUUUAUGGGGGAUUACCUCAAUUAAAAUUACAGGUCUAGGGGAUCAGCUCCUGCUGGGAGUUUUAUCCUUUUUGUCAGCAGCCCUCCUUUUAUUAGCCUGAGCGGGGAGAGCAUGUUCAAACAAGCGCUUGAACUUUUGUAAAGAGGUACUGGGCAUGUCAGUCACCAGAAGUAGGCAUGGGAUGUGACUCAGGGUCGGGAUGCGUGACAGGCAUUUGAACAUUUUUACUCUGUGAUAUCUCAUUCGACGUUUUUGACUAAAUGGUCUUUAAGGAUCCGGAGUAAUGUGUAAUCUGUGGGUCACUAUGAGAGAUAAACUCACUCCUCUGUGUUUAUUUGCAGUGCAACCAGAGGGCAGUAAGGAAGGACCCACCUGCAUGGACAAAAACCACGGCUGUGCUCACAUCUGCAGGGAAACGCAGAAAGGUGGCAUCUCCUGUGAGUGUCGACCUGGAUUCCAGCUCACCCGUAACAUGAAGGACUGCAAAUGUAAGUGGCGUCGGCCCUCAUGCAUGGUCCCCUCUCAUCGGAAUAGACACAUUCACAGGCACACAAACAGGAAGACUAUGAGAGGGAGGAUUUAUAGGCUCCUCGUGAAAGGUUAUCAGGGUAGAAACCUGCCGAUGAUGGAUAAUUACACUCAUUCCACGAAUGCCUUCCAACAGACCUGAAGUAGCAAACUGACAUUUAUGUUACAUUACCGGGCCGUGACUAAUCUCCUGAACAGUCCUUGUAAAGAAAAACAUGUUUAUCAAACAAGAAGCGAUCAUUUACACAACCAGGGCAAGUGUGGAGGUUACUCGAAGGGGACCGCUCUGAUGGACAGCGCACACUUCCUGUUGCUGUGCAACCGAGAUCAUCCUGUCAGAGCCGGGGCCGGGGCUGAUGGGGGAUUUGUCUGUGUUUGGAUAAGGAUUGGAGAAGUGUUAUUCUAUAGUUUCUCUGUGACAGCCCAGGAAAAGGGCAAAAAGGAGCAGGGAUGGUAAGGUGCAGACAGGAUGGCGGUGGAAGCGUGCUCUUUUUCACUCUGUCAUCCCAGGUGUGUUAAAAGUGGCGAGGUUAAGGCUCCCUCAGCCUCCAGGCGCAUAUAUGUAUUUGCACUGACAGACGCAUCCAGGAACAUGCGCACCGACACCAGAAAUCAUACCCUUCCCAAAAAACAUGUAAAACCGACACGACUCAUGCACUGUUCAUUCCACAAAAUGAUAAAAAAUGUAUUUACCUCAAGUUUUUGCUCAUUUUGCAGAUUUAAUGAAAUGCAUUAAAACUGAUUCAGAAGCUUGUGGGCUUACAGACUUAUCAAGUGGCUCAUAAUGAAUGAGCAAGUUCAGUCUCUUGCUUAAGGCCACCUUGAUGGAGAAAAAAAACAAAAAAAAGAACGACCUUUCACUUCCUCUGGGUAGUAGUGUAUGAAUUAAGUCAAAGUGAAAGUAAAGUAUGUAAAUGUCACGACCAGAAAUACUCUAUGUAAGGCAUGCCCCUCUUAAAGGAAUAUUCCGGCAUAAAAUUAAUUUAGGGGUCAAACACACGUAACACUGAGUCAGACACCUCAUCGAGUGAUGAAUGUUGCCGACCGCUUGCUUCUUUAGUUAUACCAAUUUUAGUAACGACCGCACGAUAGCAAUACAGAGAGUCUGAGGAGCCAUAAACAAACCUCAACCAAAAAGCCACUCUAUGGCCACAAAUAAUGGUCAGAACAGCACCUAACUUGAUCACACAUAUAGGGUCCUAAACACAGCACUAGCCACCAAACAUCUUUUUAACUUUGCCUAAUUUUUUAGCAAAGAGACUAAACACAACUUACCUACUCUCUUUCAGCAGCCGCUUGUUUGUAGCGAGACCUUGGGCCAGUCCAUCGCAGACUACAGUGUGGUGACGUAGCUCAAGGAAGAACAUUUAUGAUCAUUACUUCAUGGAAAUGUAAUCAAACCAAGACGCUAAGGCAGACGAACUACUGCGUCUGCAGUGCAAAACGAUUAAUAUGAUGAUUAUUACUUCAAGGAAAUGACAAAGUAAUGAUCAUAAAUGUUCUUCCUUGAGCUGCGUCACCCCGCAGCAGUCUGAGGUCUCGCUACAAACAAGCAGCUGCUAGAGGAGAGUGGGUGAGUUGUGUUUCGUCUCUUUGCUGAAGAAAUUAGGCAAAGUAAAAAAGAGAUUUGUUGAUGGCUCCUCAGAUUGCUGUGUAUUGCUAUCCUUCAGUCGUUAAUAAAGUUGGUAAAACUAGAGAAGCAGGCGGUCUGCAACAUUCAUCGCUCGAGGGGGUGUCUAACUCGGUGUUACGGUGCAUUUGACCCUAAAUUAAUUUCACGCCGGAAUAUCCCUUUAACAUACGAUUUGGGACUAUGGGAAGCUUAAUUUUUCUUUAACGCUCUCCAAAAAGCCUAGUGCAGCCUGAAUUGAACCUGCAGUAUUGACUUUAAAUCAAAAAUAUAAAAUGAGAUUUAAUUCCAUGUGUUUUAGGAAAAUCUUCUGUCAUUUGGAAACCCCAGUCAAAUACGCUUCCCUAAAGAUUGUGUUUCAACCUUCAUGUGUUCUUUAUAUUAACAAUGUACUCUUUGAUAGUGACGUGCAACUAUGGUAACGGGGGUUGCCAGCACAUCUGUGAGGAGACAGACCACGGCCCCAAGUGUUCGUGCCACAUGAAGUUCGUCCUGCACAGCGAUGGAAAGACUUGUGUAGGUGAGUCACCUCAUCCGGAUACAACUACCAAAGGCAACAAAAUAAUAGCUUUGGAAUUAGAAUAUGUUGAGACACAAAUUAAGUCGGCGCCAGGUUUCCUACAGCCAAUUUAAUUAAUGUUUGAAAUUAAGUUUAUGGUGAUAAAAGUUUGGCUACAGGCCUUGUUACAGUAGCUGUAAGCUCUGAUCUGUGACAUACAAGGACAAAAGGCUACCAUCCACUGUGCUUUCUCUUCUGCUGCUGCUGCUGCUCCAGUAACCUCUCAGUUCCUGCACCUGCUUCGACUUCUCUCCCUCCUCCUCUUCCUCACUGGACACUGUACAUCAGCUCUCACUGUUCCUGUCUGUCUCUCAGCCGUGCAGCCAGAUACACACCUCCUAUUAGCCCUUGGGUCGAUUUCUGCACAGCUUCCCGUUGGGGAUUAACUCACACACACCUGACCUAACCUUCCACUGACAUUUCUCAGUGUUUGCCUCAGUUGACUUAAGUUGAGUAAAAAUCAUUCAGCUACUCAAGCAUAUUGAGCUGUUGUGAAGGGCAGCGUGUCAUUAGGUGGGACCUGUAGGUGCGGUGGAGUCGGAGCGCAGGUUUCGAUAGACGAGAUUGCGUGUAGUCAUGCAGACUUGCUCAUUUCAUUGACAAUCGUGGAAAACUGAUGAUAAAGUUAGCCAAGUGGAAAUUUUCAACUGACUAUUAGUAUAGACAAGCUUUUAUUUGAUCCACCUACUUAACCAGAGUGUCACUAAUAGUCUCUGUAUCUGCUACAACCUUAUUUAAAUGAGUACAACAUGCACUUUGAAGUGUUGUUAACCUGGCUUUUAUAGCUGAAGCUCCAGUGAGGUGAAUUGGACAUAUUUUCAUUAGUAUAUUGGAAGCUGCUCCAUCCCUGGUUUAAGUGGCUGUUCAGUCUAAGAGCUUGGUUUGGAUAGUGGCUGAUUAGCUCAGUGUUUGGAUCCCCUUUAUUACCGCAGCCCUGAUGAGAACCAGACCUGUGUCAAGGUCUGGUCAGCCAACCUGUCAUUAUUGCCGUACCCUGCAAGGCCACAAAAGCGACCGCAACCAAAUUAUCGGGGCAAAGGUACAUUUGGUGUGCCAGAUUAGGGAUCCAGUUCAGACCUCUUUCCCCCCUUUAGAGUCUGGGGUUACAGAGGUGGAGUGAGGGCUGCUUUGCGGUCGACACAGGGGCGCUCUUUUUCCCAGACGCUCUGUUGGUUAAUAAAACCUCAAUAAAACAAACAAUGUGCCAAAUGAAACACUGACAGGGGAGUGAGUGACAAGAACAUUGGAAGAGCUUUAGUAGUGCACUGCUGCUGUGCACCAGGACUGUAAAUGUGUCGGGUUUUCGACUUACAAAAACAUUUUUAGGCAGCUCAUAAUGGCACUUUGGCCGUUUUAUAAUUAACACUUUAAAAGCUGCUCAAGUUCAUUUUUUGACUACCGAAAAAGAGACAUUGGACUUUUUACAAAAUGCAAAAAAGCUGCAGUAUAUCUGCUCUAUAGAAAGUCAUUUUAAUUUCUCUUAAUGCUUCAAACAAAAGGUUUUAUUUUAAACCGAGAACUUUUACUACUCUAGUUUCAGAUAAUCUCAAAUGUCACCGAUGUGAAAAAAAAAGGCUCUCUGGAGUAUGCGCUGCCUGCAUGACACAUAGUGAUAAUUACUUCUCAGUCAUCAAGUGCAGAAAUAGUUAAUGAUGUAAAGGGUUUCCAUGGCAACGACCAAGUGUGAAGAUGUACUCCAGUUUACACUCACUUUCGAUCAGGAAAUAUCUAAAGCAGGGUCUUUGCUGUUGGUCUGGCGUGCUCUUUCCCUAUACUGCUGCUCUAAUGUCUAGUCCAUCUUGUGUGUGGUGUGUGUAUGUGUGGGGGGAGGGUUCGUCUUUCAUACUCUGUGGUGUCUUUUCUAAGCCAGGUUUGGUCUAUCAUUUUGUAAUAACUCUGCUCUGUUUGGAGGUGCUGGUUCUUUAUCCCUCCUGUCUCACCUCUGUGGGUACCUUUGCAAAACUGUCAGUGGGAGUUUUCAUGUCAGCUUGGCUUUUAUUUUACUGUCGUCCUCAUAUAUUCACACGAGCACUCACUUCACUUUUAAACGUUCGCACUAAAUCAGGUUCAUUUGUCAUAAAUCUCUGUGUAUCACAUACGCUCAGACACCAGAGAGGAGCCGUCAUCAUGUGGAAGCAUUCACGCUGUUAGCUCAGCAAAUCAUAAACAUUCACAAAUAGCAGGCAGAUGCAGACAUGCUCAGGAGUUCAAUCAUCUGAAGAGUUGGCCACACUACACCCCUCUUCCCCCCCUGUGCACACACAGAAACGCACACACAUACACACAAAGAUAGAGCAAGAGAUGCCUUUUAUUAUACAAACAGAAAGCUAUACAAACAACCAUACAGUACACAUCCAGCAUGCAUGCAUCACAUGCAUGUAAACACAUGUAGUCUACAUGCAUAUGACAUAACAUAAACAUACUCUGCUCUCAUUACGGGUGGUCUCUUCAUUCAUCCUUGUGGAUUCAGAUAAAUCUCUCAGUCCUCUUGCUGCUGGGGAUAAAUCUGGAUGCUGCAUGUUGGGAUCAAGAAAUAUCGGUUGAACUGUGGCAGUCCAUGUAAACUGUGCAUGCCCUGUGGCGCUGACUUCUUACUGUCAGUGUUGAGCAUCUGCUUCCUCAUUCUGCACCUCCAAAGAACUCGAGCUCUAUCUUUUCAGGAGGACAUGCUUUAGUUGCAGGGACUGGAUGUGGUAUUAUUUUAAAACAACAUUAUUUUAUACGGGUAAAACAUGGUAGUUAUUAGUGCGAUUGGAAAAAAAAGAUCCCCUAAGGCCUUUUGCCAUUUUUGUUGGUCUGCUCAGAGGGCCAGAAACAUCCUCCAGCAAAGUUUGAAUACUAAAUGUGUGGAGGAUGAUUUUAUGUUAAAAUAAAUGCCCUCUCACUGAGCAGCUUCGCUGUCCAAGUUUUGCACGUAGAGUUUGAUUAUUUAAAGUUAAUCGAUGCAAAAAGGCGUUAUUUGACGUGAAGUACAGAUAGAAACCAACAUAGUCUACUCACUCUCCCUCAAAGUGUUGUUGAAGUGACGGCACCUAAAUCUUACAGCUCAAAGACUUGACAAAACAGCCUGAGAGCAUUAACUCUAAAAUGAUCUGACCAUGAAAUGGCAACUGAAAGCACAGACCCUGUCCCUCUGUUUGCUGCACUAACCACCACUUGCUCUGUCUGUCAAGGCUUGCAGCGCUGCUACUAACUACAGUAGUAAAAGCCACAUCUCACAGUACACCAAAAACACAACCGCACUCUGUUUGCACUGUGUGCAUUAUUUGUUUGCAUGACUGCAUGUUGAGAGGUAACACUUUUGCCUUGAGAUGUCACCAUGUUCAUAGGACCUGACGUCAUCAGAUUAUUGUAAGGAGUUACAAAAUAAUCACUGCUGUUUGUCCAGCAGGAGGCUGUCUUUUUUUUAGCAACAGCAUAAUGUCAUUUUUCAUUUCAUUAUCAACUCAUGUGAGUGUAAAUAGACAUGACCAAUCUGUUCAAUAGAGGAGAAUUGAUCUCUCAUUCAUGCUCUCCAUCAUAUCUCAAUCAGCUGUGUGCUACAGGUGUCUUCCCUUACAAGUACAUAAAAGUAUUUUCAUCAAAGUAUUUUCUCUUUAAUGGCCAUUAGGAGGCAUCUCAACAUGUUGCGAAGUCAGAUUUUGGAAAACCAGAUGGGAAAAUAACUCUGCUUUCAGAAGACUGAUUACCAAAAUUGAUCAUUUCCUGAUGGCUCUAUGGUCUUAUAGUCUCUCUCAAUACAGUAUAGUAUGCUCUUUUAGACAUUCUUGUCCAAUUGAAGGGAAAAUCUACAUCUUAGUUGUCUAUCCUUAAAGACAUAGCUGCCUUUAACAACCAAUUUGCUACCAUCCCACUGAGCCUUAGAGGUCUAUUAGACGUCUCGUCUUAGCUUAGAGAGAAAUUCGCCCGUCUAUGAUCGGUCUGUAUUUUAGCCCGACUCUAGACCAGUGGUUCUCAAGUCCAGUCCUCGAGCCCCUCCAUCCUGCAUGUUUUUGAUGUUUCCCUGCUCCAACACACCUGAUUCAAAUGAUCAGCUCGUUAUUAAGCCAUUCCAGAGCUUGAUAACGAGCUAAUCAUUUGAAUCAGGUGUGUUGGAGCAGGGAAACAUCAAAAACAUGCAGGACGGGGGGGCUCGAGGACUGGACUUGAGAACCACUGCUCUAGAUGAUAGACUUUAAUCCAUUAAUUAUUAAAUAUCAAAUAAAAAAAUAAUAAUAAAAAUAAAUGAUGGCCACAUGUUGGAUUAAAACAUUUUCAACAGUCAUUAAUCAAUGUGCAGUGUAGUUUAGCCGAUUAGACGGCUAAAACACUUUCCUUUUUAGGCGAGUGGUAGACCAAUUUUAGCCCAGAGUCUUAGGACCAUUAGACGUCUAUUAAAUUUCUUUUAGAGUGAAAAAUUAGAUGGUUGUUGAGGGAAGAAAAGUAUUCUGCUUCCAUCUCCAGAUCUGGUCUCUCUUGGUGCCAAAAAUCAAGAUGGCUGACAGAAAAUACGUCAAACUUUGGCUUUGAAAGUUGUGUCAUCCAUUCCCUUCAUAUAUUAAACAGACCAUGGUUCAUUCAGGCUCCAACUAAAUUAACCUGGUUCAGGCCAAAAUGUUCAAAUGCUCCAGAGUUCAGAGAAAGGUAGUGCUCUUUGGUGGCCAAGUUAAAGGAUUUGUGGUAAGAACAAGACAGAGGUAAGAGAGGGCAGAGGCGUGACUUGACAUGUUAGCUUUCAAAUGAUUUAUUCUCACCAUGAAAAGGAAGACACUGCUAGCACACAGAUGCUGGAAAUCCAGGCAAAGUAUCAUGGAGCCAUGAAUAUCAGGUCAAUUCAAAAAAGUGAUCCGCAACAGAUUAGCUCUUGAUUUACAUGACUCAUGAAUCCUUCGUGUACAGAAAACUAAAGUGGUGUUUUUAUAACGUGUGCGUGUGUGUGGGUGUGCGUGUGCAUGCAGGGGAGAGGAGUGUCCAGUCCCAGGCAGCCCCACAGCUGUUCCCCAAUGGUAAAUAUGUGUUCCUCUGACUCCUCUCUCUGGGGGUCUGUGGGUGUGGGGAGUAGAGGAAGCUAACCUAGCAGUCACUGAUCGAGCCCUUCCCCUCCCCACAGGGGCAUCAUCCCUCUGACCCUUGACCUCUGACCCCACCCCCUACCUUCCUCUUCCUUCUGUGAAUGCCCUCUCAAUAACAACCACUGCCCAUGUCAAACCACACCUUUUCAAAACACAGCUGCAAACAGAAGCCUCUGACUGGUAUUUAGAGCAUUACAUGAACGUAUACUUGGGAUGCUGUAACUCUCAGUGUCAUACUGAACCUUUAGAUGAGGCAGCCAUGAUUCAGCGUAUGCUCGUAGAUCGUAGCACACGUUAAACUGGCUUUCACGCAUAUUGAUUCUCAUGUGGUCCCAGAAUUGCGUUCCUGAAAGUGCAGUCUCCAGUUCUGCAGAUUCACUCCGUGUUAUCCUUAAGGAAACCCCUGACCGCAAGUAAAUUUCUAAUAAUUAUGCAAACUUCACCAUCUUUCAAAUUUGCGGUGUGGUAAAUACAUUACAGAAACAUAGCUGUCUGCAUAGGUCCAAAAAAUUCUAGACAUAUAAUAGCUGUCUGUUGCUCAGUGGGUUGUUUUACACGUGUGACCUACUCAAAUGGAAACAGAAAAGUUGAGCAAGGAUUUGUAGCUUUUUUCAGUUGUUAAAGAUGUGGAUUUUCGCCACUUUAUCAUAAAACUAUCCAAAGAAGACCGAAACAGAUUUGUCUGCUAGACCUUUUUUUUCCCCUUCUUGACUUGUGUUGUGACAAAAAUCCAACAAAACCGCCCAAACCGUUGAAGUUCAAGUUUCCAAUUUGGCCUGGGAACACCCUUGAAUCCUCCAGGACAGGCUGGAAAUGAUGCUGGGGGAGUAGGAGGUCUGGGUUGACUUGCUUAAUCUGUUGCCAUCAUGACACAUGCCUGUGUAACUGGAAGGAAAUGGAAGGAUGAAAACUAGCUCCAAUUUGACCAGAUAAAGUAGUAAAAAGCGCUUCAUAGAGGCGCCGGUUUCCAGCUCUAUUCACUGUCUUGUCCUCUCAAUGAAGGCAUGAAAAUCCCCCCAAAAUUUCCUCAAGUGUUGUUUUAUUAACCAGCCAAACAAUGAAGUGUAAAAGGCGUCUCUCAAAGUAAGCAUCUGUGGUGGCUUUCUGUGGAGCCAGAGCUCAGUCUAUGGUUUUGUUUUUGUUUUGAUACAAACGAGAGAAAUAGCAUUCAUCAAACAUGGAAAUGCAGUGUUCCCAAACUUCAUUAAUACAAUCUAUUAGCUUUAGUGAGUCACUUAGUAUUAUGUCCACGACUCAGCGCCGCUUCAUACAAAAGAACCAGUCGAAACUUGCUUUUUCAUUCACAGUUAAUCUUGUGUUAUUAGCUGGCAAAAAACAAUCAAUCAAAAGCAACCCAUUCAUGUUCUUCCAGUCCAAUUUCUAUUUCUAUUUGCAGCCAAAAGUCAUUUGUUUCACUACAUUUGCGGUAAAUUAAACAUACAACAAAUUAAGCGAGUAGAAACAAGAAAAAAGUAAGGGAACAAUUUUGCAUUAAGAUAAUAUUAUUGAUGUUAUUGGACCCAAUUUACUAGAUGAGAGAUAUUUUAAUAGAUACGGAAAAAUAAACUCAUAUCUGCAAAGAAGGGUGAUGCAUCAAAGAGAUUAACAACUGAAUUACAACAUGUAAGAGACGGAGGGGGGAGGCCUGCUCUCAAAGGGAUGCUGUUCGAGGUAGGAAAAAAACAAGAGUUUUAACUACUGCAUUUUAACUCAGUUUCCAACAUGCUACAUAAAUACAGUCUGACCUAUUUAAGAUUUUGUGUCCUAGUUUGUUUUCUGUUGUUUCAGGAAUAGAAACAUUAGGAGCGAGAGACAUACUUUCAAUUGUCCUUAAUCAGCCUCACACAUUCACUUCUCUUGUCUUAUUGUAACGCAUUAAAAGCAGCUUGGUGGUACAAUCCCUGAAGAAACUACUGUUAGUGUUUUUUAUUUUCUCAUCAUGUGGGUCAUGUUAUUGAGACAGCAUUCACUCCUGAGCUUUUGUCUGAUAGUGUUCGCACCUUCUCAAUAACUCUCCUCCGGUUGCAUGAUUGCUGUUUGGUCAAGAAAACAGUAUUUUUCCUCUCUUUCACAGGAGCCAAAUGGUUCUGCCAGUCACCACUCGGGGACUCUGACUUGUACCUUUUUCCUUUCCUCAUAUCAGUUGAAAUGAUUUGUUAUAUACUUUAGAAAUGUUGAUGUACGAGUACUUUUUCACAUUCAGUCCAACAUCCAAACUUUUUCCUCUGCCAGCUCUGAGAACCAAUCUAGUUCAAGUAAUAUUUAUGAUGUAUUUAUUUUAAAUUAACAGCUUUAGGCUUGUGACACUUACCUUGUGUGGCAUCAGUGGACCUUGCAAGCUGAGACUCUUAUACCCUGAAAUAUUUUUCUUUUUUUUUCCCCAUCAAAUCUCAGUACCUAACUUUAGUAUCUCAUAACAUCAAGACACUUCAUGAUACUAUUGAUUUGUAAAAAAACGGAAAAAAAAGAAGAAAAGAAAAGAAAAGAAAAAAAAAUAUUCUCAAAUUUAUUCUUGAAGCCCCUGUCCAGGAAUUUUGGGCCUUGUUAAUUUUCAAGCCCUCUGUUUACAAAGUAGAACUGUUUUUUUUUUCUCAUUUCUAUUUUUUUCUUGUACAUGUGAGGUAUUUUUUUUUGUUGUUUUGUUUUCUUGUACAAAAAAAACCUCCUGCUUUGUUUUAACAGUCAAAUGUACCUCUUAUCGAAAAUCCCUGCUUUGAAAACUUAGAUUAAAAAAACAUUCAGUUUCAGCUGUAUACUCAGUCCCCAGCAGUGGUUUGAGACUUAAAAAUUUACUAAAUGGACAAAAAAAAAUAAAACAAUCAUGAUGCUGAUUGUUUGCUCUUUUAAACUGUUGGUGUUUUGUUGCCAGCUUAAAACUCCUUACUGUAGCUUUAAAAAAGGCUAUAACAAAUUAAUUUACUAGAAUAUAAAGAAUUGACUCGUUCACCUCUUAAUAAACCCUGCAAAAAAAGCAUUUUAAGACAUGUCAGAAAACUCCCAUUACAUUUUCUGCAUCAAAUCACUUUAACUUUUGGGCUUCAUAACCUGAAAAUCUGUUUCUUUUUUUACUGAAAACAGUUGUUGACAGUCGCCGGCAUGAUAACUUCACGGUGGUAGAAGAACAGUGUAACUUGCUGCGUUGGCUGUUUUCAAGUAGUUAAAGGAGACCUAUUAUAACCGCUUUCACCUUUCAUUAUGUCGGUCUGAGACUCUUACUGAGUCAUUUUGCUCUUUUGCAGUUAAAAAAAAAAAACUCCUUAUUUAUCUUAGACUGGGGUGUGUGAAAACCUUUAUUUCAGCACUUUUCAGCCUCUGUCUGAGACAUCUUUUGACUACUUUUCCAGUGCUAUAAAGUUAGUUAUGCCCUUUAUCAUCUUAGACUGUAUGUUAGUGCCCACCUAGCAAUGUAGUAGUAGUGUUACUUACUGUUAGUGGCUCUGGGCUUUUAUGUAAGGUCUUAAAAGAAAGCUGCAGAUACAGGGGGCCUCUGUUUUCAAAGGAGUCAUCUGUUAAGUGAGGAGCACAGCUACACUGUUGUCCUGAAAACAAAUAAACUUCCUGCUGUUUUCUGGAACCUUCAUAUCUGGGAAGAGAAAAUUGCUUCACAACUAUGAGCAUCUUUCCAAAACCUACUGAAUCUCUAAAAGUGCAGAGAGGAGGAAGAAGAUGAAAAGUGAAACCGACUUUUUAGCCUCCUGAUAGAGGUAUCACGUUGGCUUGUCUUGAGUAUCAUGAGGCCAUGUCUUCAAUUAUGGGACUUUGCUGCAGUUUAGUAAAAACGUCCAACAUUGACGCACUAUGUAUUAAGAGUAUGGGUCAGUAUAAUAGCUGUCCUCUAAAGACCAGCUGAACCCUGCUGUUCUUUCGUAACUAAAAUUUUAUGGUCUCAGAUCAGUCCAAAGAACAUCCUGCUCACUGAUAUCAUGGAGCGAUAUUAUUAACACCUCUGAUCUUGGUGCUAGUACAGGAAUAACUCUUCUGACAAGUUCGAUAAAAGUGAAGAGAAGUGCAGCUCUGGAUACUUCAGCUUCUGGUAAAAGAUUGUGUUCACUGUCUGGCCUUUCCUAUGUAAGAUCUAAUCUGCAGUCAUGUCAUACUGGAGAAUAUUUACCAAAGUCUGCCCACUCUUACUUACUGUAAUUACGGGUCCCAACCUGGUGCACCGUCGGCAGUGUCUGGUGUGCAUCCAAAACACACAAACCCACACACAUACCAGAGCUUGUGUCUCUCCCCCGUCUUUACAAAACCAUAAUGUCAGAAAUAUUUCUUUGCUCUCUUAACACAUGAUCAUUACAGUUUGGUGAGAUGGCUGCCUGACUAAGCGUUCUGAAGGCAUGUCCUGACACUGUCUUAUCAUCUUGUCUGCCAACUGUCUCUGCUCACACUUUGCAAUUAUAGGAACCCACAGUGCUGCUCUCUCAAGCCUGGGUUGGGACUCGGGUAUUAACUGGAAGCCCCCACCUUUGCCUAAUACUCCAUAAAAAGCUGUCAUUACCCAGCAGAGGAUCAGAGGGAAAAUCACUCUGUCCUGCCAAAGACAGAAAGUAUUCAAAUAAUGGAAACACCUCAAAGAGAAGGAUUUCAACACUGAAGCACAUAAAACCGAGCCGGUGUUACUUUUACUCCUCUAAAGUGGCGAUUAUGCAACCGUAAAUGCUCAAAUGUAAUAUAAGAUUAGUGCCAGUAAUAAAGAAUCCUCUUUGAAAGUUAUAAAGCGAUAUUUUGUUGAGGUUUGCACCACAUUAACCUCAAUGAGCUCUUGGUUAUACCAGACUAAAUGAGGCUGGGUGUAUCAGAUGUUAUUUUUUUCAAUAUUGUUUAAUGCACUUAUGUGAAAACAGUUUCAAACACCGCUUUUGAGUGCAGAGUUUAAGGGUGAGGGUUAUAACGGAGGCUGGUUUUGAAAAGCAAAUAACUCAUAGAAACAUUCACGAAAGAUUAAAAGAGACAUAGAGACCAGAGGUUGGUACAGCAACAGUAUGUAGAUGGUAGGAUAAUUGUGUAACCUAAGACGACCCCCGACCUGUGAUGUGUUUUCAGUUUAUGUUCGACCCCUCUGUGUUAAUAAGCGCCUUAUGAUUUUAAUGCUUUAUGUUCUGCCUUCAGCAACAACAUCACAUUUACAAUGUUCCGAGCUGUUGUCUAUUGAGGGCUGUAACAAAUUAAAUUACAUCACUGUUAGCAUCUGUUUUGCUUUGAUAUUUAAUUUCAAUCUACGGCUGAGUUAUUUAUUUGGAGACCAAGCUUCAGAGAGUUUCAUAAUUGAUGCUGCGGGCAGAGCAGUUUCAGAUUAAAGUGACGAGGAUUAGGUGUUUCCCCGAGGGAAGGGAUAGUGGGUCUCUCGAAAAGUCCUGUGAGGCUGCGUUCUCUCGUCAAAGAUAUGUGUGAGCUGCCACUUCUGUUCCAGUGUGAAGUCUUCGACCAGCCCGGUUGUACUCACCCUGUUUUUUUUUUUUAAGAAGAGGUGUUAGCCAGCAUCCUGCAGCCCAUUACAGAGAGGUGAUGAGCAGCGAGGAUGACCAGCCACUUUACUGAGAGUCAAAGUGAUUGUUCCAGAUCUGAGAGGUGUUUUUUUAUUUGUUUUUGCUCUCAGCUGUGCGAAGAUUUCUGUAAAGCUGCCGUAAACCAUCACGGCUUACACACCUCCACCUUAUGUGAGAACAAAUUUCGCCUGUUCUGUUGCUUCAAAUGAAAGUCUCAGUGAAAUUUGUCACUGUCUCCAGGAGGGACCUUCGCUAUCCCGUCUUGACUGACUACUUUUCUUUUUUCAAAUCAGUCCGACCAACACAGGAGCCAGGUCGCUGAAAUUGCUUUUAUAUCCCCCAAAAUGCCAGGGAGGUUUUUGUCCGAGCGUGGUUUUGUCGGUAUGUGUGUAGAAAUCAAACCUCUGCUUCAUGUGGGGGGUGAAGAUGGUGUGCCUCGUAGUGCAAAUUCACCUUGACCAAAGAGAAGCAAACAUGCACAUACUCGUGCACUUGAAUGCACCCUGUGAAGCAAAGUUUUUGGCUGUGUUGGUUUAAUAUCUCUUAUCACUGUCUCCUUCCAUUAUGCACAAGCUUUUUCUCAUUUCCCUCUGUGUUAAUCAAAUCCAGCCGCUGCGUCUACGACCCUGUUCUUGUCUUAUUUCCUCUCUUUCCUUCUAAAAAAACCAGACAGCUCUGCUCUGCUCGUCUCUCACCCCCAAAGUGAAUGCUGAAUAUAACGAAGGGCUUUUCUAAAUUUUACUGUAACACACACUCUGCAUGUUUGCUGUUCCGAUGGAGAGAAAUAAGUGGGCCAUUAUAGUAACUGAGGUGUGUUUUUUUUUUUCUUCUUCUUUCUGACUGUGAGUUCUUGUUUCCCUGCAGAGACCUGCGCAGUCAACAACGGCGGCUGUGAUAGCACAUGUCACGAUUCAGUGACAGGAGUCCGCUGCAGCUGUCCUGUUGGCUUCACUCUGCAGCCGGAUCGCAAGACCUGCAAAGGUAAAGCAUCAUCAUUCAAACCACACCUGUCCGCCCGUCACAGAACUAAUCUCCCUGUUGUCGUUUUGCCAGACACAUCGGAGCGUCCUUUCUUCACCUGGAGCUCACAGGGAUUAUUAUCAGGCUGUUUACACUGUCCUCCACUCUCAUCCGACCUGCCUGUGGGAUUUUUUUUCCUUAUAUGCGACACUAUCACCAUUUUUCAGUGUUGUGCCCCUCUCUCUCUUUUUUUUUUAAAGCUGCAUAAUUUGAGUAAUGAUUUGUUAUAGUCGCAGUUUUCUUGACAGUUUUUCCACUUAAUUACCAUCAUCCUUCUAUCUCAGCGUUGGCAGAGCGUCCUCACUCAGGCAACCUGCAUAUAAUAGAAAGUUUUCAAGUCCAAUAAAAUCAAUAUCAGACUGCCACGGAUCAGAGUGAAACUGAGAUUUAUAUUAGAAAACAAAGACACAGCUGACGGAGAGAAUGAGGGCAGUCUGUUUCUCCAGGAAAGUAUGGAUAGAAACCUGACAGGCUUCUCCAGCUUGUAUUGGUGGAGUAAAAAUCCUGAUAAAAGAACAUUGUCUUCCAUUAGUUUGGUUUGAGAGAGGACAAAAAUGGAAAACAAACCCAGGCAGGCCUGGCACGAGAAGACAGGGUCUUACUAAAGGCCACACACUUAGGAAGAACAGAGACAAAGAUGGAGCAAAGAAAGGAUUAUUUUACUCCAAUUCUGAUGCAUUUAUUUCAACCAGAUGAUGGAGAGUCCCUCAAGAGAUGGACGCCUCAUUUGGUAUGAUGAUUCGGAAUUAAUCAGGGCCGUUGCCAGACUUCCCGAAGAGGAGCAUCAUCAAAAGCAGGGAUGAACACAUGAUAUAUCGAUUGGUUAUUGGCUGCAGCAAUAAAGAGUAGAAUAAUCGGAGGGAGAUGGACAAAGAUGAUUUAGAGACCGUACAGCCAGCGGGCUUCUCUCUGUGAGAGCUGCAUCCCAUUAUAGCCACACGCAAACAGAUUUUGGCCUUUUCUGAAGGCCACCACCAAAACAACUGUCUUUGUUUUUCCUUGUUUUUCCACGUUAAAAAAAAAAUCAUCUGAACUUAUACUGAAGCUGCUACAAAGUUAGGGUCACAUGAGUCCUCCAGUUAGAAAGAAGUCAGCGAUGGACCCCAAAACAAUUUUGACCGAGCAUCGUUCGUCGUUCCCUCCGGCUCUUCCGAGCAUUUUAGAGUCUUUUGGUCAAUUGUUUUCAUGUUUUUGCCAAAAACCCACUCUUUGGAUUCAGUCUUGUUUUCAACCACCGUCUGGCUCGGCAGAAAUUCUGCUGUGGUAACAUAAGUUGAUGACCAGUUGGUGAUCAGAGUGCAAUAUUAUGCAGCUACAGAACAAUGUUUUUAGAGACUGAAAACAAAGUUAAAACAGGGCGACUCUAAUGAUAGAUGUUGAUCCAAUCCUCCUUGGGGCCUUCCUAAAAGGGGCUUCCCCAUCACACUUACAGAGACGCUCUCUCAGAGUCAAGGGCCUCAAUGCUACAUUUUUAAGCAGGCUAGACUUUGUCAGAGCUGUUUUUUGUUGUUUAAUGGGCCUCAUGCUUAUAACAGAAAAUACACGUGGCCUUUUUUUGACUCCUGUUGAAACAGUUUCCUGAUUUGUAUUAACUUCCUGUAUUCUUGCAUGUAUUUACCUUCCAUUAUGCUGCUAAAUCCUGAAAGAAUUGCUAUAUUCAGUGUUACUCAAAGUUCCUUUUGUACUGUGAAAUCUGAAGAAGUAACUAAAAUAUCAUUUUAAAGAAGCAAGAAAACAAGAAAAAGCUUUUUUUUUCUUGCGUGUGGCUUGUUUCCAGAGUUCCAAAUAACAAAAAAGUUCAAUAUUUACAUGUGGUUUUCUUUUCAUUACUUUUUCUCAUUGUUGAUUCGAUGAUUUUCUGUCCACAGACAUCGAUGAGUGCCGGCUCAACAAUGGAGGAUGCGACCAUGUGUGCAGGAACACAGUGGGCAGCUUCGAGUGCAGCUGCAAGAAAGGCUACAAGCUGCUGACCAACGAGAGGACUUGUCAAGGUAGGCAACAGUUUUUUCCGCCCUUUGCCGUUUGGAUAAGACGAGAUUUAUAGUUGUGCUCGGAUAGACAGGAACAGUAAACAAAAAUGACCUCCAGAUAGUUCUUUCCAGCCUGCAGAGGAGCCAAACCAAGCCUCUCUGGCUUGUUUAUCUGGUAUAUUUGGUGGUGGUCAGUGCUCAGCAGGAGAAGCUGCAGAACAAAUAAAGAGUUUGCAAUGGUUGAACACAGGUGUGGAGAAGACUGGAGCUCGAGCUUUAAAACUUCAGCUUCUUGUAUGCAUCAAACCACUACAGAAACAUCUGGUGAAAGACGACAGACAGGCUAGAACAGCGGAGCCAAACUCAGCCUCUCUGCGAGUGGAAAAACAGAUGACAUGCUAUUAUUUAAUUCUCUUUUCUUUACUGAUGUGGUCAAUCAAUAUCCAGCCUGGUACACGUCAAUGUCAUGCAAUGGGUUUACAAUUGCUGCACUAAAUCACACCAUUUUUGCACAGUACACAAACAUCUUUUGCGGUCAAUGAAAGCAUACACUCGGUCGCUGUUGCUUUGCAGCCACUCGCUUGUAACUUGGGAUCUAUUUUUGGUGGGAUGCCUUUCUGUCAUUAUUUGGAGCUGAACAAUGCAAAGUUUAUUUAGCCAAAACAUCGCAGAUAACUGAGGAAAUGUGGUCUGUGCAUGUAGGAAUGUAAAUCGCAGCUUGUUUUCUGUGGCACCAUGCCUUAACCAACUCGGCCUUGUGCUGUUUGGGUGCACAGGGGAAACAUUGGAACAGUGAUAUCCUUGUUUGGUGCUGUGUGUUUUGUCUGGAAAGAGAGGGUUGUGAUAAAGCUCACCUCCUGUUCACUGAGGUUUUGCCAGGCUCACACACAUACUCCACACUUCUGAGUCACCUGUCUGCUCCCCAUCCUCUCCUCUCAUUCCUGCCAUUUUCUCACCCGCAAAAGAGCCGGAUGCCUGUCAAUAACAACAUUCAAUAUUGUUACUUCAGCGUAUUGUUCUAUGUUGUGUAUUUGGUGUUUUGUUGUGUUUUGCAGUAGUUUUAGUGUGUGCUGUCUGUAAAAAAUGCUAAAAAUAUAAUCCUUUAAGUCUCACCAUGGUCAUUGAUGUCUCUUCUCUGUUCUUUGUAUGCAAAUCAGUCAUUAAAGGGGGCCCCCAGUCUGAAUUUUAGUCUCAUGUUUGAGGCAAGAGCUGACAAGACUUGAUCCUACAUUUCCCAAGAUGCAAUUUCACGCAUUCCUCAUUAUAUUGAAAAAUGAAUGGACUAGAAAGGAGGAGUAACAUUAUGAUUAAGGGUCUUUGUAGGCAUAUUUUAAAAAACUUGUGUUGAUCUAAAUGAAUUCAUGAAAUAUUUUAGAAAAAAGUGGGAUAAUCUGGUUUUUGAGGUACGCCAUAUUUGCGACAACAGUAGAUCUGUUCUAACUUAUCUGUAAAGAGAGUGUACCUGUCGGGGCUGAGGCGAGAUGAUGCUUACCACCACCACUGCACCAGGGGGAGGAAAGAUGAAGAGACACCAAGAGUAACUUGAACAAAGUUAUGACUCUUAUUCUCUAAUAAUGGUUAUUUGUGUAACAGACAUAAAACAGUUGUCAAGAAGCUAAGAAAUAAAGUUUCACAACCUUUUAUAUCCAAUUAUGACAGAAUGAGUUUGUCUCUGAAAACAGGUAGAAGGUAUAAGAGCUUUCAUCCAUCGGAUAGACUGCAGGUUAUGUUAAUAAUUAUGGUAACAAAAUCUAAUACUGUGAGUGUUUCAUUUAAGCCUUUGGUCACAUUUUAUUUUAUUUCAGUUUGACUGUUUUAUUUCAAAAGACAUUGGAAACAACUUUGCUAAUCGACCUUGUUUAUUCAGGGUAGAAAUUAUAUCUUUAUUUUUAAUUGAGUUUUUUUUUUCCUCAUAAAAGCAAGACUUGUUUUGACAUUAUUUUUCCAAUAAUAAGUCUUGAAAAGGAAAGUUAAUCUUAUAAUAAGGGUUUUGUUAAAUUCAGACUGAUAAAACCUGAAGUUACCCUCAAGAUCAAUAAAAUAUCUACAAGGUAAAGCCCUAUCAAGUUAAAAGCUUAUGAAAAACAAUUGUGUAUUUCUUUUUUUAACAUCUACUUCUUUACUUUUUGUUGUUUUUAAUCAUUUUCUUUUUUUCUCCCUCCUCAAAUGUAGUAAUCCUCCAGAUCUUUUAAACUCCAUGACCUCAAGUUUGUAACUGAAGUGCUCCUAACUCAAGUCUCCGAGCCGGUCAGAUGUGUUAGUUCAAUAAACGAUAUAUUAAAAUCCCAUCAUGCACUUUUUUUGACGAGUCUGGCGAGUUGAGGUGAUUGAGGGCGAGCAGCAGCAGAAGCUUCGUCGCAGAGACACAGUCUUGUUUCAGGGCGAGUGUCUCUGCUCGCUGGUGUGCUGUCGUGCUCAGGAACACUUAAAGAGGAGUUUGCUGUCUCCUCGAGGUGUUGAGAUGUGUAAACUGAACUCUGGGUUUAUCUUGGUUUAAACAGUCAUGGUGUUUCCCUGCUGUUAGUGGACCAUGGCUCAUAAGUCAGGAUGGGGCAUGCCUGCUGAGCCCUUGCCGGCAUUCCUCCACCCACAACACUCUCCUUUUUAUCUCCCUCUCACUCCUAAUCCACAUGGGGGCACUCAGAGGGAGAUGCUCAUCUGAUUCUGUUUUUUCCAGAGGGAACAUGUAUGAUAGAGCUCAAACCUGCUCUGUAUAAACAGCAGAGACUAUUUCACAGAUUCACUGAGCUUCAUUUGUCUCUUUGGAGGUUUUAUUGAGUGAGGAGGGAAGAUAGAGUCCUGAUGAUUAGAUCGAUGGCACUUAAAGAAGGAAAAAAUUGAUGAAAGCUCUGAUUUGUUAUUAUCACUGCUCUCAUUUUAUCUUCCCAUGGUCCUCUGCACGUACCUCACCUCCUCAUGAUGCCCACCCACUGCAUACUUCUCCUCGGCUUCCUGGUAAAUAAGGGUUGCAGGAGUCACAGUUGUCUUCACACAUAUACUUUUUUUUUUUAGCGUGGCACAACACAAAACAAUUUAAUGAUAAGUUGCAGAUCAACUUCUGGCAUCACUUAUUGCAACAUUUUUUGAGGUCUAAACUCUGUCGGCACACCUAAAUCCCGGACAGUUUUCAGACUCCUCUCUUAAAGGUGCGCUCAGCAAAGUUCAGUCUGUUUAAAUCCCUAAAACAGUCAUUUUUACACUUUUACUGGUUUGAAUCUCAAGGAGCUUAUGAGUUUGUUCUCCAAAUAGAAUCAGUCAGAUUGGUAAAGAUCACUUUUCUCUGAUACAUUUUCAGCCUAAAUUUCAUGUAUUUUCUGUAUCACAGGAUCUUUUUUUUAUCAAGUUAAGUCGAGUGCAUCAAUCAAAGAUUUCUGGGGACUUUUUGAACUGUUGAACUGAUGAGUCUCCUCCAAAGGUUGAGAGCUCUGUUGUGAAUUGAUUUACUUAUUGAACUCAGCAUAUUUGAAUAUUUUUGAUGUUUUUGACUAUCUGUCAAGUGUUAACCUUGAUCACCAUCAAAGUUCAGCUCAUGAAUUAUUGUAUCUAGCUUGAGAACAACAUUUUGUGUAAUGCUAUCAGGGCGGAAUAAUAUCCUGCAACAAAUGAUUCAUCAUUGCAACCAUAAUGUGAAGAUGGAAACUUGUUCUGCUGUCACAAGUUUCUUCUUUCCCAGAGUGUCUGAUGUCCUUUUCAGUGCAGACCCUCACUCAAACAUACAGAGAACUGACCACUGUGCAUGCAGAGUCUCCGCUGGUGAUUUACAUGAUUGUAAAAUGUAAACAUGCACACAACACCUGCUGCAGUUAUCCUUGCAGAACUUCAGCCAGAUUUCAUAUCAUACAGAUUGUAUUCCUGCUCAUCCCAGUGCUUGUUAACGGCCUUUCAGCAUACAUAUAGACAACUAUCAUACUACCAGGUACUUGCUUUUAGUGUGCAAAAGAAGAUUAUGAGAUUCUUGGUUAGAAUUAGAGGUAACUAAUAUAUAUACUAAUUUAUAAGUAAACUGCAAGUACUGCGCUCCUCCUUGUGUUUGCAGAUUACCCACAACUAACUAGAGUCCUGUGAUUGCUUUGUAACACCUGUCUUCUUUUCUCUGUCUGUUUUUGGUGUUUGGCAUUGCCCCAAAAAAGAUGAGGUUCAUUAAAGAGGAGACGACGUGACAAUGUUUUUAGCCAAUUCGCCAUCUAGCACAGUUGGGACACUUCCUCUUUUCAUCCCAGCGUGCCUGGCUUGAGUCUGUCAGUGUUGCUGACAUUAAAGGAGUUCUUGAUCGUGAAACACCCAAAUGUCAGCCUCCUCCUAUAGCUCUGUGUAUCGGUCCUUAUAGUCUUUGAGACAGUGACAUUUAAAUGAUUUAUAUUGAAAAGGAUGUAAAGAGAGCAGAAAACCCCCAAAAGGAAAGACAAAGAAGCUGCUGAGGGCUAGAAAGGAGCUGCAUUAAUGCAAAUUGACAUGGAUCCAUAUGACCUCAGAGCAGAAGAAUAGGUGUUGUUAUUUCCUUUUUUCCUGCAGCAAUGGGUCAUAUAUGUUAUGGCAAAGAAAAGGGUGAUUGACAGGUUCUACAGGAGGAGAAAAAAACCUGUACUUCAGCUCCCAUUAUCGAGUGAAGAGCAGACUUCCUUUGACUCCCGCUGCGGCCGCUUGUUAUUUCAAAAAUACUUUGAAAAUUCCAUUUUAGAGCAUCGAAAUGGAAAACUGCAUGACUCCAGGGGUCAACUGCUCUAAAAAGACUCGCGCCGAAGACCCCUGAUGCUUUUUUUCUCCUGCAACAUGUGAUUUGACCCAUUGCAAUUCAUGGUGAACAAUGAAUACAAUACAGUACAAAAGAUGGAAACAGGGAAAUACGCCGAGAGGGAAGAUGGAAGAGAUGUAUUUGAAGUUGUUUGUUGAAGUUUCUAACAGCAUGUCUCUCUCUCCUUACAGACAUUGAUGAGUGUUCUUUUGACCGUGCCUGUGACCACUUUUGUGUCAACUCCGCCGGCAGUUUCCAGUGCCUCUGUCAUAAAGGCUACGUCCUCUACGGCCUGGCACACUGUGGAGGUGAGCCAACACAUCUGUUCUCUCCUCAGUCUUGUCUCUCGAGUAAUAUUCCCCGUCAAUCGCUCUUUCUCUGCAUCCCACAAAAAUCUAACAGGGCUAAUAAACCGAUUCUUAAUUCUGAUAUGACUUUUUACUGACAGCUCAUACCAAGGUUAAUAUGCUGCAUAUUUAUGAGCAAUACCACUCAUACUCAGCUUAUGAAUCAGAGAAUUUUGUGAACUUCAGCUAACUGCUGAUUGGUUUCCUACUUGACAGCGUCUUGACAAGGAAGUUAAAGGGAUAUUCUGGCAUGAAAUUAAUUUAGGGUCGAACACACCGUAACACCGAGUUAGACACCCCCUCAAGAGAUGAAUGUUGCCGACCACUUGCUUUUCUAGUUAUACCAACUUUAGUAUCGACAGAAUGAUAGUAAUACACAGCGGUCUGAGGAGCCAUACACAAACCUUAACCAAAACGCCACUCUAUAGCCACAAAUAAUGCUCAGAACAGCACCUAACUUCAUCAACAGUACAUAAAGGGUCCCAGCCAUUGCAAUAGCCACCAAACAUCUUUUUAACUUUGUCUGAUUUCUUUAGCAAAGAGACCAAACACAACUCACCUACUCUCCUCCAGCAGCCGCUAGUUUGUAGCGAGACCUCGGGCCAGUCCAUCAUGGACUACAACGGGGUGACACAGCUCAAGGAAGAUCAUUUAUGAUAAUUACUUUAUCAUUUCCUUAAAGUACUAAUCAUUAUAUUAAUCAUUUUGCACUGCAGACGCGGUAGUUCUUCUGCCUUAGUGUCUCAGUCUGAUUGCGUUUCCAUGAAGAAAUGAUCAUAAAUGUUCUUCCUUGAGCUGCGCACCCCGCAAAGGUCUGUAAUCGACUGGCCCAAGGUCUCGCUACAAACAAGCAGCUGCUGGAAGAGAGUAGGCGAGUUGUGCCUCUUUGCUAAAGAAUUUAGGCUGUUUACGGCUCCUCAGUCCUCUGUGUAUUGCUAUCCUGUGGUCGUUACUAAAGUUGGUAUAACUAGAGAAGCAAGCGGUCGGCAACAUUCAUCUCUCAAGGGGGUGUCUAACUUUAUUUUACAUGGAAUAUCCCUUUAAAUACUUAAUCUACCCCCUUUUUCUCAUACUUAAAUAUCUGUGCAAACACGAGAUGGGUUGCAAUAAACUUAAAUAUUCUUCGUCUUUAAAGGAUGCAUUUUGAAUACUCUGGUGCACAGGUUAGCAUGAAAUAUAUAUUUGCCAUCUGGAUGUUCCAGCAACCUUAGAUAAUAAAAAAGAAAAGAAGUCUGUGCAUGCAGCUGCGUUUUUCUGCAGUAACUUAAUACAAUUAAAAGACUCCUGUUACCUGUUAUAAGCCGAGUUUGAAGUUUGAAGUUCUUGUAAGUUGAUUUUGAAAUGAGCUGAAACAGGUCGCUGCCUUGAAGGCAGGAAAUCAAUCUGAGAAGUUACGCCGCACUUGGCAGUAAUGUAAAGAGUCGACAAUUUGUCCUGGAGUUAAUGGACUAAAACAUGAAAACAGCAGUAACUUGAAGGUGGAGUAUGACCAUGUCCACCAGACAUUAACAGGUACCAACUGUACUCCAGUGUGAAACAGAUAAGAGAAACAGCCUUUGGUGUCAGGAGGAGGUGUGUGAAGGCGCGUCAGAUCUGCCUGCCAGGCAGCAAGAGGCCCGCCAGAGCACAUCAGGGUGUUUCAGAGUCCCUUUGAUGGAGUGUGUAUCACCAGUAAGAAUCUGCUGCUGUCUCCAGCGCCUCAGGGCCGCACAGUAGUUCUGGGAGAGAUGGAGCAGACAGCAUAUGUACUCGAAAUACAUGGCUUGGCAGUGAUUUGUUCUGUGUUUUUUAGUCAGUAGUUUGACAGGUCGACUGAUCAGCGAUGUUGCAACAGAAUGCAGAAUAAGAAAUGUAACAGAGAUUAGCGGGAAGUAAUGCUCAGAUGUUUGGAAUCACACUUCUGCACAAACACAUCAGGGUUAGCGAGUUACAGUCUGGAUACAAACUAUGUGAAAGUUUUCUGCCUGGAUCUCUAGAAACACAAGACCAUAAACAGAAAUGUUUACUCAUUUAAUCUAUAAAAGGAGAAGUUUUUUUUCCUCAUCUGCUUCUAUAAAUUUGGGUUUCUUCUUGCAAUCAGUGCAGUUGAAGCUACAGCCACGCCUUAUUGAUGGUGUAUGGGCUUUUAGAUUUAAUAUAUGCCGGUGUUUGGCUUGAAAUGCACCCUCUGUAUUUCAGGCGGCCGAGGUGCAUUCGCUCCGCUCCUCACAGACGGCUGUACUAGCUGUCAGUCCAGGCAAUAAAAGCCAUAGAAUUGGAUUUGUAAGGCUUUUACUCUCAUGAUGGACUGUGAUCAGGCCACACUGAGCUGCUGAGAGGAGAGACGCUGGUCAGGCGUAAAUGACUCUCUAUACCUUUUGUUGAGAGAGCAGGUGAUGAAUGAUUUCCCCCUCGCUUUUCAUCACCCCUGUCGGAACAGUUAGAUAACCCUGGAGAUUUACGGCGCUCCCCGUUGUACUUUCGCUCUCUUCAGGCCAUAUAGCCAAGGUUGUGUUACUCCCUGUGCGGUUUAUCAGACAAAAUAUAGCUGCCAAACAAUCCGGAGAGCUCUGCUCAGUGUUUAACAAUAGACUCACCCUAAACAAACCCAAUUAGGUCAAUGACCUGCUGUCAAGCAUUGUGCGGAGGCCUGUCAACAUUCCUCCCAAUUGAGAGUAUCUACAGCCAUUCUGCCGCUCUACAAGCAAAACAAUCUGCUCAUUUCUGCUUAUCUGGUAAGAAAAUAGACUCUCAGCAGUCGUGACUAAAUACUCUGGAAGUAUUUUUUGAAUUUGGCUCAUUUGAUCUAACCAACAAGAGAAAUGCUUCCCUCUGUUGCUGACAAAUAUUUGUACACAAAGAUCUGAGAAACACGGUUUAUCCCUCAAACCACACAGAGUUUAAGUUGAUAUCUUAACAGUUAAAGUUAAUUGGGAAAAACACAGAAUGUUCUCAGGGAAAAAUUCCUCUUUAAAAACUCAAAUUACAAUGUUGUUUGGACUUGGAGUCGCUGAUGUUGAUGAAUAAGCACGCAGAAGCGAUUAGAAUUUGAAGAUUUCCACAAACUCCCCAACCCAUCCCUGAAUUCCUCACCAUUACAUGAAGCAAUUGUUGAGUCUGAAUGUCAGUUUGUCUUUUUUAUUGUUCUGUCCUUUUUCCUCCUCGACUGCUCUGGUCUGUUGGUGAAAAGACUCUGAUCUGAAAAAGGUCAGGAUGUGUGUAUUUGGUUACAUGGAACAAAAGGAGCGAGAACAAGGGUUGCUGGCGGAGGAGCUUCGCCCCCGUUAGACGUUCAUUAGACUUCUUUGUCUCUUUAAAUCGAGUGCUUUGAUGCGGAGGAUAAGCGGCGCAUUUCUUGCUACAUUUCCCCGCAGCUUUGCCUCUGCGCCCACUGAUGAAGCCAUCAUCUUCGUCAGUGAGAGCAGAAGCAGGCAGAGAGUCUUAAUUCAGAGUGAAUAAUUGGAUCAGAUGAAGAGGAGCGUUUCCUAUCAGCAGACCAGAUCAUCAAUCACUGCCAGUAUCUCGUCUCAUGUCUUCUGUCUCCUGUGCUACAGCAUCCUCAGGCCACUCUGCAUCUGGACCCCGGAUGCUUCUAAUGUUUUUUCGCUCUGCAUGUGUUUGAAAGGUGAUUUUAAUUUACUGUUUACCGCAAGUCUUCCUCCCUGAAGAGAAGAGACAUUUUUCAACCGUGAAGUUGAACGUGGCGACAUCAAGAUGAGGGAUCGCUCAGUUUACAUGCCAACAUGUUAAUCAUCCCAGAAUACGAAUCUUUGAUGGGAUGAAGCGAGCUGACCUCUGAGGAACUCUUUAUUCCCCCCUUUAGAUCCUCUUUCUUUGUCAUUUUAUGCAACAUAACUGAUCCCAGAUCUUUAUGGGACGGCCUCUUUGUUUUUGAUUGAUUCCUCUUCUGUGGAAGUUCUCCUCUUAGUCCUUUUUGUGGUAUUUAUCAUGUCAACGUGUUUAUUCACAGAUAUUGAUGAAUGCAGUAUAAAUCGGGGAGGUUGUAAAUACGGCUGCAUCAACACUCUGGGGAGCUACGAGUGUACCUGUCCACCAGGACACAAGCUGCACUGGAACAGGAAGGACUGUAUUGGUAUGUAGCAGCACUGCCCCCUUGUGGUGUUUUCACUCACACACAAACCCACUCAUAUUUUUGACUUUGUGUGUUUUAUUUCCCCUCAGAGCUGGUGAGAUGUCCUCCAGGACUCGUGGCACCAAAGGCGACUCUGACCUGCAGCAAAACAGGGAAAAAAGAAAGCUGCUCUCUCACCUGCGCCUCCAAGGCCCACUAUCUUGCAGGUAAAUCACUCACGGUGAAUAAGGAAACACAACUUAGAAGGCUUCAUGAUUGUGAUUUUUCAAUCUCUACUUUGUGACUGAUUUCUUUAGAGUCUGACAACAGCUACUCAGUCAGCUGUGGGAUCCCCAACCUCAGAGGGAAGACCCCUGCCAGGCUCAACACCAGCAGCAGUCAGAGCUGCAUAGGUUCGCUGCCCACCAGAUCCCCACAGUCCAACACUUUUUUUUUUAAACAAUCCCAUCUGUCAGUUACAGCUCACAGACAGCUGGUUGUCUUUGUUGUGGCCGUGUGCUCGUACCCACUGUGCUGUGUUUGUCUGUAGAGACUUUGGCGCCUCCAGUGAAGCAGACGGCUUCUUUCAAGAUUAAAAAUGCCAAGUGUCACCUGCACCCCAAGCAGACCGGCAGGACGGAGGACAGGGGGCGGACGCUCGGCCCAGGUCAGUCACGAUCCGUGUGUGAUAUGUUUUCUGUUUUACUAAUCUGAAAGAAUAAACAGUGUAAUUUGCAGCCAAACUAGCUUGCUCAUUGUUUGAUGAGUAAAUCCACUGGAAUUUUAGAAGCAACUUUUUCAAUAGUUUAUUGUUUUCCUCCUUCUCCAGCAAAGUUUGCAAACAUUUACUGGUGCCAGCGUUUUAAUGAGAGGAUUACUUUUGUUCUUUGUUAAAGUUUUUUCCCCAAUUGUUUGUUGAACAAACAGAAAAUGUGCAUUUAUUGACUGUUAUGUCAAACAAUAGCAAAUUGAGCUCAGGAUUAGUUCAAGCAAGCCAGAAAGUAUCAUCAGCUGACAGCUCAGAUCUUUACCCUCCUCUCAUAUGACUUUUUACUUAUAUUUAUGUAUAACCAUGGACUGUUUAUACUAUGGACAACUUGGUUCUGCCUUCCGUCAGUAUACGGAUUUGAAGCUAAAAAACUCUCGGUAUUUCCGCGAUUUUUCUCCAUUUCCUUUUUUUUGUGACCAACUUUUUAUUUCAUUUUUCAUACAUACCCACCCACCCACCCACCAGACCCCCAGGGAGCAAGGCAUUAUAUCUUGCAUUGUACAAUGUUUUUCCACAUACAAUUGCUAGUAUUUGAUGGGAUGGAAACCAGCAAUAAAUAGAUCAUAUAUAAGAACAGACAAUAUAUACAUGAUACAUUAUACAUAUAUACAUAUACACACGCACGCAUACCUAUGUACACACCUAUCCAUAUACAUAUAUAUACAUACAUAUAUACACACACAUACACACAUAUACAUAUACAUGCGUAUACAUAUGUAUAUAUAUAUAUACAUAUAAAAUAUACAUAUUUUCUCCAUUUCCUGAAACCAACAUUGCGCAGUAGCAUCAUACGCACUUCACCACCUGCGCAUUGUACGGGAGAGUCGGUGGGAGAGUCGCUAUGAUGAUGCUUAGGGUCCCCCGGGUGCUUUUUUUUUGUGUAGGAUGGUAGGGGAAAGUCCCGCCUCCUUCACCUCUGAUUGGCUAGAAAAGCUGGAAACGUCAUCACACGCUCAAGCCAAACGCGGACAGUCAGCUCUGUACAUCGAACAGAACAUUAUCGCACUUCUGAAUCUCGUAACCCUAACCCUUACCUGACAGACGUUGACAUUUCACAGCCAUAAGGAAUAACCAAUCAGAGCCCAUCACUUCUAGCUAAUCAGAGGCAAAGGAGGGCGGGACCUUCCCUUACUAUCCUACGAAGAAAAUUUGACCCCACAGGUGAGCUACGCAAUCUUCAUACGCCCAUAGGCUGUAUCAAGUGUCAGUCAUAGAAAACAUGAACCCUCAAUAACUUUUAAAAAUGGAGCUGUACAGAAUAAAGAAGACUUGAGCACAAACCAGUCUUACAACAUCGCAACCAAGGGGGAGAAAAUAUUAUAUUCUGUGAAAUAAAUUUCUAAAGUUUGUCCACAGCCCUAUAAGCUUUGCUGGCGGAGGCGGGAUUAAUGACCUAUACUGCAGCCCGUCACCAGAGGGCGCUGUUCUCGGAGUGGCUUCACCCAACGAGGAGGCCGACGGUGUCCAUUCUAUAUACAGUUGAUGUUUAUAACACAGUGUGAUAUUGUGUUGCUUACAGGAGGUGGUCAGCCCUGCAGUAACUGCCUGGUGACAUUUGUCAACCUAAAGUGCGACUCGUCUAAGAAAGCAAAAGGGCGCCGAGCUCGAAACCCUUCGAACAAAGAGGUGACACGGAUUACAUUAGAGCUGGAGGCUGAAGUCAAACCUGGAGACACAACAGGUCAGUCAAUCGAAAAACCUUUGACAGCAGUUUCUGCCUGUGAUGGCCAUGUUUUCAUUUUACUGUACAAGUUGAGCAUGUAAUGUCCAGAAUCUUAUUCCCACACAGUUCUCCUUGUUGUUGCACCUGCAGCUGAAACACAGUUAUGUUUUCCCCCAUAACCAGGCAGUUGUAAUCUCAGCUGCCUCAGACAGCGCAUGGAGAAGCAGGUGAAGACGUACAUCAAAGCUUUGAAGAAGUCCAUCAACCAGGAACGCUUCUUGAUCAGAGUUGCCGGGUUGGAAUAUGAGGUAGCUCAAAAACUCCCUCAGGCUGCUCCCCCUCCUGAGAACUGUGGGCCGGGCUGGGAGAGGGACGGCGGCAGAUGUGGUAAGAAUGGAGAAGAGCUCAAAACUGGCACGUAUGAAGUAUGAAAAAGAAGAGCGUCAUCUUUAACCAAAGCUUUGUUGGAUGUUCUCUCAGUCAGAUGCUCGUCGGGGUCUUACUACCACGGGGAGCAGGAGCGCUGCGUGCAGUGUCCACCCGGCACUUUUCAGGAGAAGGAGGGGCAGCUGGCCUGCGACCUCUGCCCUGGUACUGAUGGACAUGGACCUGUGGGGGCUCGAAACAUCUCCUCAUGUGCAGGUAGGGUCAAUGUUAAAUGAGACGUUUGUACAAAAAAGACCAUGGGACAAAUUGAUGUGGUAUGGUUUGGUAUGAUCGGAUACCGGAUAAUAAGGUAAAUAAAUAUAAACAAUAUAAAAUCAACUCUUAAAUCAUCUCAAACUUAAAUCCAGGUCAGUGUCCGACCGGGCACUUCUCCAGCGAUGGCUUCAAACCUUGCCAGCCAUGUCCUCAGGGAUCCUACCAGCCAGAUUUGGGACGGACUCUUUGUUUCCCCUGUGGGGGAGGGCUCAGCACCAAGAGGGAAGGUGCCAGCUCCUUCCAUGACUGCGAGGUCAAAGGUCAGCUUUUGCUCUUUUUACGCAGCCAGAUAGAGAAACAGGUCAAUAAUCUUUGCAACCUCCUUAAUUAAAUAAACAUCAAUUGUUUGUUUUCUACAGUCCAGUGCUCUCCAGGUCAUUAUUACAACACCACAGUUCACCGGUGUAUCCGCUGCCCUGUUGGGACCUAUCAGACAGAGUUCAGACAGAACUACUGUAUCACCUGCCCCGGGAACACAACCACUGACUUUGACGGUGCCACGAGUGUCUCGCAGUGCAAGAGUAAGAAUGAAAAUUAUUGUUUAGCGUUUUCAAAAUGCUCCCAUCCUUUAGUUAAAAAUUAAUACGAUCUGUUUGUGUGUGUCUAGACAGGCAGUGUGGUGGUGAGAUGGGCGAAUUCAUGGGCUACAUUGAGUCACCUAACUAUCCCGGUAAUUAUCCUGCUAAUGUGGAAUGCAUUUGGAACAUCAACCCGCCCAGCAAGCGCAAGAUCCUCAUCGUGGUGCCAGAGAUUUUCCUGCCCUCAGAGGACGAAUGUGGAGACGUGCUGGUUAUGAGGAAGAACUGUGAGUGUGUGUGUCGAUAAAUGCUCCACACGAGGCUCAGCUCCGCGAGGCUUGAUUUGUUGACGUUGUCCUGUCUGUGCCCCCUGUAAGGGUCAGCUACAUCCAUCACCACCUACGAGACGUGUCAGACGUACGAGCGACCCAUCGCCUUCACAGCUCGCUCCAGACGACUUUGGAUUAACUUUAAGUCCAACGAGGCCAACAGCGCCCGGGGCUUUCAGAUCCCCUACGUAACGUAUGAUGGUAUGAAGUCCUCUUAUCACAGCUGGUUUGUGUCGAACUAUUGUUGAUUUAAAGAAGCCCAGAAAGGUGUAGAGGUGCUUGGUUAUGGAGUCUUAAAAUCUCUGCGUUGUUUGACUGGGAGCCAGUGAAGGAAAUCCAAAGAGAGCUGAAAUCAUGUAAAUAAAAGUUUUAGUGCCCUCUGGUGGCCAGGCUGUGUAACUACAGGAGUUUCCAGACGACGUACAGCCUAAGCUUGCAGCAUCCUGUAUAUUUAGUCUCUGUAGAUAGUGACUUACUUGCUCCCAUCAUGCUGUUGUGAUGCAUCUGCAUUGGACUCAGACUGGAUUUAUGAAUCCAUCAUUCUUGAAAACAAAGUGUCCCUGUUCUGCUGAAUAAUGAGCACUCAGCUUCUCGGUGACACACUGAUGAAAUACGCAAAGACUUAUGGUGAUUGUGUGUUUGUUUCAUAAAUUCAGAGGACUACGAACAGCUUGUUGAGGACAUCGUAAGAGAUGGAAGACUCUACGCCUCUGAAAAUCAUCAAGAAAUCCUCAAGGUACGGUUGAAUUACUUCUAACUGUGUUUAUUUCUGUCUGUUUACCGUCGGUACAUAAGACCACCUGUGAGGGCUGAUUUAGUUAAGCAAUAAGCUAAUACUAAAACAUGUUGUUUGGCUAAACACAGCUGUUGAUGACAAACAAAUGAGAGUUUGCACGAGCGACAGAGUGCAUUAAUUAUUAAAAGGAUUUGUUAAUUCUAUCGUGGGGCUUCUGCGUAAUUUGUCAACAGCUUCAGACCAACGUCAACAUUUAUUCAGGAGGAAAACAGGCGUGUAAGAGUGGAUUUAACACCUGUUUGUUUUGUUAACAGGAUAAAAAACUGAUUAAGACUCUCUUCGAUGUGCUGGCUCAUCCGAACAACUACUUCAAGUACACCACUCGGGAGUCGAACGAGAUGCUUCCUCGCUCCUUUAUCCGUCUCAUAAGCAGCAAAGUCUCAGCUUUCCUGCGACCUUACAAGUAAAGCUCUCACAGCUGCUGCUGAAGACUGGGAUCAUAAACCCCCCUCUCCCCUGACAUCCCCUUCCAACACCUUUCUACACCUCCCAGACCACACCCCCGAAAACUCCCACAGGACUUUAAAAAACUAACACAAGUUUACCCUCUUUGAUUUUUCCACAGGCUUUGACGAUAAACACUAUGCAGACCUGAGAAAUACUGAAAAUCAUAUGUUUGUACGUCUGUCGUCGGUUUCCGUUCAGUGCAGGUCUGCAGUCCAGAGCUCAAACAUUUAGCGGGGAUGUAGAGUUUGCGAGUGGGUUUGGUUUCUGUCGCCUUAUGCAAUGAAACCACACACAAACAAAAGAAAUAGAAACGCCCAUUUGAGGCGGUAGGAGUGAAGUUUUUGUGUGCGUGGUUUGAGCCUGAUAGAGCUUGUUGUUGUAUUUGCUUAAACGAGCAGUAUGAGUCCCAGUCUGACUCCUACCAUUAAGUAUGACUGUAAGUGUUGUGUAAGUGUUGUGUAACCCUGGGUCCAUCUUCAGCGUCUGUGUGCUGUCCUCGAAGGAGGAGCGGUUGUUAGAUUCACGUUACAGCUGCGAUACGCGUCAGUCAAAGCCUUACUAUAUUUGAGCUCUUAGAGCCGUUUCCAGGGGUUUUACUGUUAAAACAGUUAAUCUACGUUUUGUUCCGCCUGUCUAGACUGUACCAGCGUUCCCAACAUACAAAAAACUUCUGUUGCUUGCUCCUUUUUUCAUUUUUUUUUUUUUUUACACAAAGCAAAUACUAAAGUUAGGUGGUUUAACAUUCCAGGAUCAAAGUGGACAUUUGGGAGAUUUAUAACAAACUAAUAACAGUGUGAGAGCCACAGAAAUGAGAUAAUGUGAUGUCUAGAGGAACAUGUCUCAGAGAGAGAGAGAGAGAGAGAGAGCGAUGUCUGUGAGGGACAUUACGUUUGCUGCUUCUUUUUAAAAGGUCACUUUAAUUCUUCAAUCUCAUUGUCUUUCUGAUUUUCUCCAUACAAUAACAGUCUUUACGUUUAAAGCAUCGGAAAUACUUCAGUCCUUAUAAACAGUUAAUAAUCUCACUCUUCCUGUCUUUUUACUUUCAAUCUUGUAAAUAAUGAAAAUAAAUUAGACGAGGGUUAAAUUAUUUGAUCCUAAUUUUCUCAAGCAGGACCCCUUCCCCUUAAAAAAUUGAACCCCUUUUGCCCCUGAUGUCCCAUCCGUCUCAAAUCCAAAGACACCCGGAGCCCCCUUCAAACACCCCACUCACAUGUUGUUCUGUCCCAAUGAAGACAGCUCUUCCAAAGACCGUCCAGAGAGGGCGGCUCACUUUGUUUUGUGCACUAGACACGUCAUCCUACCUUUGUAGCUUACAAAGUGCAAUGACUGAGAUUAACACACCUUGAUUUUGGGAACACCAUCGUGUGACCAAUGAUGAAUUUUGCAGUCACUGUGGGCGGGAGAUGAUGAACAGAUGGAGUUUGUGGUGUGGAAAAUACUUGUAAUGUCCAAACAGCAACCAGAACAGGGUAAAAUCUUGGAUGUUUAUAUAUAUAUAUAUAAAUGUGUACAUAUAUAUAUAUAUAUAUAUAAAUAUGAGUUUAGGAGUGACACUGAGGGAAACACUUUCUUUUGCUUUCUUGCAGAUUAAGAAGAGAUUCAAACCACAAAUCUCUUCUGCUUAAUUUGGACUGAUUGUCGAUGGGAGCUUAUCAGAAACAGAUAUAAAAAAAAAAACAAUGCUAGUUUCUGUCAAAUGAAAAACUCUACCUAGUCACUCACUACUGCUGUGGUGGAAUACGUCGUGUCCAGCUUGUCAAAAUGUUGUCGUUUCAAGAUGCUUCUCUGACCAGGAGAAAAGACUUCCUGAGGUCUGAGUUCGCAAAGAUACUCAAAGCAAGAAAGUGAAAAAGUUUUCCCCAAAUAUUCACGGGCUAUUCCUUUAAAGUCAUCAUUACUAUGCGCCAGUCAAAUGAGAACAAUUAUAAUCCCUAAUUCCCUCAUCUUGUAUAUUUAACCCAAUGCCCCUGGUCCCAGAUAUGUAAUUAAAUUUAAAGAGAAAAAGUUUCCCCCCUCUCCUGUAAAUAGAAAUAAGUGAUUUGGUGCUCUUAUCAUUCAGUUAUUAUACUCAACUGAGUUUUAAGUGUCCAGACUUUAAGAAGAAAACAGGGAUUCUGAGAUCCCACUGUAGAAGUCGUGGGUGAAACUGGUCCAAGCCACAAAUUUGCGCUAGAUUAAAAUUCCUCUUUUCCUCGCUUCAGUCACAGAUUAAGUACAUCUAAUAUUUUUAUUUCCAUGUACUUCACUCAAACAGGCGGCGUCCUAGAGUUCUCACUUAGCCCAUUAAAUCCCUGCCACCUGAAUCGGCCUCUUUCCUGCAACCUGUUUUUUUUUUUGUUUUGAAUUGUUGCCUUCUAACGAGAGUUUGCUAUGAUGUAUCAUAGAGUUGAUAAUGAUAUUUGCACUUGAAUUGUUAUUGCUCCUGUAAAGAAAAUGUCUGGAUUUUUUGUAUUGUCUUUUUAAAUGAAUGGAAUUGGUGUUCUUAUUUUUCUUGUAGCUUGUUUGUUUCAUGAAAUGCUCACUCACCGUUUUAGUCUUUAGAGAUGAUACACAUUACAUUAUCAACUGUAAGAAAAAGAAAACUAUGUACAGAGGUGAAUGAAAUGAGUUUGUACUUGUUACUGCCCAAAACACUUAUCGAAAUAAACAUACUGUACUUCAGCUCCA